AUGGAUUGGGGCGAUGAUGAUACUGUUGAAGAAGUGUGUAAUUUUGAUGGGGAUGAUGACUUUGGCAAUGAUAAUGAUAACGAUAAUGAUGAUGAUGAUGAUGAUGAUGAUGAUGGUGAUGAUGACGAUGAUGAUGAUAGCUCUGGUUGUGGUGGCGGUGAUUGACUUACAUUUGUGCUAAAAAUUACCGAGGAAUGUCUCUUACCCAGGUCCUUCUUGAUAGGGAAUCGUAAACGUCUCGAUGGUGACUUAGCAUGUUCUCAAACAAUACAUCAUCCUACAAGUUAAAACAUACUGCUGUUAAACUCCAAAGAAAAAUUAAAAAGCAAUGUGAAAAGAUGUGUCUACUUCCUAAACAGAAAUCAUGGGAUAGCUCAACCCGUGCUCAAGUUUAUACGGUUUUCGCACCGGUUCAACACGAAACUGCAAAGAUAAUUUGCAUCCAUGCCAUUUCUAGACUCCUGCAUACACCUUGCGCUCCAAAAAAAAAAAGACUGGAAGUUGAAGACAUGGCAAUAUAACCUCAUAAUUCGCUGUGAGAAAUUCUAAUUUUAAAGGGAACAAAAAUGUUCCUGUAAAUACAGUCUUUCGAGGACUGGACCAAAAGCUAACUAUGUCUCCAUAAAAAUAGUUUAAAACCACGGUAAUUAUUUACUGAAGUCACUAACCUCUGAUACCACUGGGCAAGAUGACGAUCGAAAUUGUUUUGUCAUAGUGUUACAAGACAACGUAGAGGAAUGUGAGCUACGCAAAUUUCUUUCCUGGGUCUCCAAGGGACUCCAAUGCUUUCUCUCGGAAGCCUGUGAUUCAGAUACAGUCCUUUUAUAAAGAAACCUUCGAAGAAAGGAGGGUUCAUUACCAAAAGAACUCUUUUCAUCUGCUAUCAAGCGUUCAGUGUUUGUUAGAUCUACAUAAGACACAACUGAACCGAACAUUUUAGACGGAACAUUCGGAUCUUCUUCAGAAUCUUUCGGAUUGAAAUCAUUGGAGUCUUCAGAUGGUGUCCUAUCGGGACACAUUUUUACGUCCGUUUGAGUUUUGUUCUUAUUUUCCUUUUCUUUGGAAUUGCCAUGUGACGCCCGCGAUCCUAACUGUAGCGUCUGAUUGAUCAAAGCAAGAUUUUCAUCCCGUCCUUGGAGAGCUUGUUCGUAUGUUGUCAUGUGGAUUCCAAAUCCGGAUGAGACAUCGUUACAUCGCUGAAUAUUAUUCUCUGUGUUUACAAGUGAGUGGUGGGGAAAAAGUUCAUUGUCACUGGAAUGAUAUUCAUGCCCUUUUUCUGGUAUAAAAUCCCCACCCUUGUUUUGAGACUUAAGUUCAUUCAAUUCAUCUGACGAGUGAGAGCCGCUCCGCAUUAAUCCGCCUUCAUAACUUGAUUCUAGCGAGUCUAACAACGUUCUUUCCAGGAAUUCCUCAAACUGGGAAUCAUUCUUAGAUUCCACAUCAGCAUCUUCUUGGCUUCUUGAGCAAAUCUCAGAGUCCUUGUCUAACAGGGGAGAAUCAUUGAUUUUCGGCGAUUCAAAAAUUUCAGUCGGAAAUGAGCGUGAAUAUUUCCAGACCUUACUAAAACUGGGGCUUUUCACUUCUUCUCGACCCAUGUUACCAUUUAGGUCUUCGUAGCAACAAUUUACCGUUUCCUUUUCCGCUAGUUUGUUUUUAGCCUUAAGAACUAUUUCGGCGACAAAUUUUAUUGCAAUAUCUUUGGUCGUCUCCUUGACACAUCUCGAAAACGCCACUUCACAUAUCUUUCCAACAAUCGUACUAGCAAACGUUUGCAGACUACGCGCUCCAUGAGCACCAAAAGGCUCUAUUGAAAAGGAGUCUGAUCCGGACAAGUUUGAUGAACUUUGCCUCUCCAUUUCGAUUGAUCCAAAAUGAUUUAUGGCCCUGCCUCUACUGUUUGAUGUUUCACAUUCUCUGUUUCCAACCUUUGAAGAAUCGUUCUCCUCUGUUGACUUUUUGGACACAUAAAAACCAACAAAGGAGUCACUGGCCGAAACGUCACUGGAAGAGUACCAGUCAGGUUGGUUACUUUGCACGCAUUUAGGAUCUACCCUGUGAGAGCUUUCGCCUUUUUCCCUUUUGCACGAUACCAAAUUUACGUCAUGCUUUCUUCUUUCUUGACAAUUCUUUGUAUGCAGAGGCCUGAUUAAAUUUCUCUCAAAAUCUGGGUUUUGCUCGUCAGUGUUAGACUUCCUCUUGUCUUUUUCUUUGCCCUUUCUUGUCAGAGAACACUUGAUAGGCAUGCUUUUAUCUUGACCUUUUCUCUUUUCUUUUUCGUUAGCACUUGUUUUGCGCAAGAACUGUGGACGAGACAGCACAGGUGUAGCUAAAAUGCCCGCUUUGGAGACCUGGGACUGAGCCUGGAUACCAAGUAGAUUCGACCGUUCUCGACAUUCUUGUGUACUAUUUUCCGUAUCAGAACAGUACCCUGUUGAAAAAACAAAACAAAACAACAAUAACAACACCAACAAAAAACAUUACCUCUUUGUCGUUUCAACGGUUAAUUCGAAAUGCAAUUACAAAAUACGUUCCACACUUUUUUUCUACAUUCUUUAUAUGCCAUUUUCCAAGAGCUGAUUACUGUGUGCUAUUAAUCGGUGUGAAUUAAUUAUAUUUCUAUGGAGUGAUUGUUAACCCUUAUAUAAGCUAUAUAGGUAUGAGCCGCCCCAUUGGGUAGGGUUUUUGCGCCGUUUUGGUAUAAAACGAGUAUACACUUUGCCUAUUUUGGUCUGGAAUCGGGUAUGGUUUUCGAGGGAACUAAAGGAGUGUAUGAACGUUUUUUAUAGUUUCCCAUCCAAAGGAGUAAGAAAGAAAGAGUAAUAUGCGAACUCGAAUUUUUUUUGUUUGUUAAUUUUUUCUUUAUUUUUUUUGCACAAGCACCACUUCAUCUAUACCAAUAAACUACUACUACAGGUACACAAAAUACACUCCCUACUAUGCAUAAAUAAUGACUGAUACAAAGACUGUUUAGGUACAAUUACUACUACAAAAUAGGAUGGCUUCGAGGAAUUUUUUUUGUUUGCGCUCUAAUCUAAGUAAUGACAACAUAAUUUCUACCUAAAGGAUAGGCCUGAAAAACGCGGUAUGGAUUUUAGAGGUCUGGUCUGAAAACGGGUGAGGAAAAUUACAUUAUUUGGUCUGAAAUAGGGUCAGGAUUUGGCACACCCACACCAAGAAUUACCAGGAGUACCCUCCGGGUGUUAACAAACUCAUGUUGUUAAUUUGGUAAUACACACGACUCCCGAUAAUUUUAACCUUCAAGGGAAAUAGAAAAAUUUCGUGUUACCGGGAGUUCGAGUUAUCGACGGUAAAAUUAUAUAGAAAACGAUCUGAAGGGAAAUGAAAAUUGCUUCGAGCUCGAGUUAGCGAGAGGUUCGAGUUAUAGAGGGUUCGAGUUGCCGUGAGUCGAUUUUAUAUACCUCGUGAAGUUUGUAGUCCUCUUGAUAAGUUAAUCCUGGUUUCUUCUUUCCUGGAAAAAAAUUUAAGAAGAAUCUUGGGAUGAGAGAGAUGUAUUGACUUUUCACCCGGUCACACAGUAUUGGGGUUAAAUAUUUCACAUCAUUUGUAUACCUGACCGUGUCCGUUAGAAUAUUUGCAAGUACUAUGACACCCUAGCAAGUACCCUCUCUGACUAAGAAAGCCAGCAAAAACAUGAGGUACACCAGAAAAGCGGAGAUCCUGGCAACAAACCUUUUCAUUGUUUUUCCAGGCCGUAUGCAGCUCAACCAAUUGGCACCUAAUUCGUUUUUCUCUUCAUCCUUCAUGUCUUUAAUUUUUUUCAAGUUGAUAAGCUUCAGGGUCUUCGGCAAAACUUGGUCUUUGAGAAAGUCCAACAGCUCUUUACACUGUUUAGCGGGACGACCAUUCCUCACGCUUACAUUUAGCGUAGCCAGGGCGGGUCCGUGAGGUUUAUGGUACUUUUUGCACAUCUCUCGAAUUUGUAAGUUGAGCUGGAGCCCAUCUCCGUCAUUUUCGUCUCCAGCCUGGUUAACGUGAGAGUUAAUAAUAAUAAUAAUCAAUAAUAAUAAUAAUAAUAAUAAUAAUAAUGAUGAUGAUGAAUAAUGAUAACUAGUAAUAAUGAUAAUAACGGGUAAUAACCCGAGGUUGCGAAGUGCGGGCGACAACGAUCGCAGGUCAAAGCGCUUUUGGUCCAUCGCUGUGCUUUGCGUAAGUUUCACGUGAGAGAUAGUCAAAACACGCGUGACCAGAUUACGCGUGAUAAUAGGUCCAAACGCGCGUGAUCAAAUUGCGCUAUGUGCGUUCCAUUCAUUCUUGGUGGAAGUCCAAACAAAUACAUGAGACGCAUGCGUAAUAACAACCUAGAGAUUAGGAUUGCGGGCUCCUCCUGUCGCCCGUAAUAAUUAUAAUUGGUGAAAAGGAGAAUGAGUUCAAGAGUAUUAGGAGCUUAAAAGAGAAACUGCAAGGAUGUGGGACAUGAGAACUGUGCAGGUGAUACCGAUUGUUGUAGGAUCAUUGGAAAGUGUGACAAAGAACUUGGAUAAGUGGCUGGAAAAGUUGGACAAAAGAAUUAGUAUUUCAUUGUUUUUAAACUACGCUACUAGAAACAGCAAGGAUUUUAAGAAAAGUUUUGGAGUUACAUGGGAAAGGAGGUGAACUCUAAGGGGCCUUUGGUCAUGGGUUAUGACUCGCUUCCUUAGCAAGUUAAUCGGUAUGAGAUAAGCCAAUGUACAAAGCAAGAAAUAAUAAUAAUAAUAAUAAUAAUAAUAGUAAUAAUAAUAAUAAACUCAUGGAUUUACGUUUAUCUUUUUUGUAUGAACGUUCGGAUGACACUACUAAGAAAACUGGGCUGUGUUAGUAAAAAAAAAACGAAAUUUAACGGACGACUUAUGAAAUCAGUAUUGAACAAAAGUGAACCGCGUAUUGAAUAUUCAUAUCAAUUCAGCAUUUAGCAAUUAACUUACAAGACAAGUCGAAUUGAAAUGACGCUAAAUUCAGUUUGAGAUUUUAUAUUAAAUGAAAUAAGGCAGGUACUAUUUAGUGCUCUGCAUAAGGAUAUUCGUCCCGUUUGGGCUAAUGAACUGAAGAAAAAAAUUCCCUCCUCUUUGGCCGCCACAACAAGGUUCUCAACGGGAGAGAAAUACUUGACGCCAAUUUCAUUUGAAUGAAUAACAUGAAAAUGUACAAAGUAAGAUGUAAAUCUUAUAUCUUGCGAACCUUUAACGCCAGUCUAAUCCUACCAAUUUCGUUUUUUUUCCUCUUUCAAGCAACAGCAAAGGGAAUUUUUUUUGUCCUUUUUACAGUGUCUACAGGUUGCAUGUAAAGACGAUUUCAAAAUUAAAAUGUAUGUAGCAAAAUAUUUACGAAUCUUUUAGUGUAUUUCACGGAAAAAGCAUAGAUUAGAAUAACGUCUUCGGCGCCUUGCGAAGGCUCGCUUCGACUUGCUACCUGGAAAUUAUUUAGUACAGACCUCGAUUUGGGCAUCACAGCUAAAUUUCUUGCCUAUAAGAGAAAUUGCUGGCAUUUUGGUUUCGUUAUCUGAUUCCCCUUUCGUCUUCUCCGCCGAAGCCAAGCAACAAACAAAUUUUCUAAGCUUCGUUUCCGACAAUAGCAGGUGAACUCUGUAGGCGCUAAAUACAUUAGCAUAAAUUAUUUAUAAUUUUUGACACGUUGUCAGACGCCUAAACCGCUUUUUCCUAUUGGAAGAAAUCAAGGCGAGUUGGUCUUUAGCUGAUAAAAACAUUACCAAUUUUUAUCUGUAAAUCUGCUAAAUGUGUUUCACACAUUAAAUUUUCACCAUUGAAGGAUCUGCUCUAUUCAUAAACAAUAAUGGGUUAAGGAGUGCAGCUGAGUUCAGAAUUGACUGACGAGAGCUAACGUAUUCAUAGAGCAACAGGUUUCGCUAUCGCUAUCACUAAAACGAAAUCCUUUGUCAACAAAACCUUUGAAAAUAUUAUAUCCCUAACCAGAAGGGCUUGGCAUCUUAUUUUAUAGACAAUAUUUUCUCUCGCUCUCUUUUUGUUGCUUUUUUUAAUUCGAGUUUCUUCUACGGGAGGAAUUAGUGGUCACAAAAAAUAAAAGUACAGGAAUGAUAUCAAAUCUUACUUUCAUCGGCUGCUGACAAGCUAAUUAUUGGUUUGUUCCAUUGAUGAGAUGUACUGUGUUUUCGUCAAUGACUGGUUAUAUGAAAUAUUUAAGUUACUACUUUAGACGCCACGAAGUGAAACGUUAUGAUUAUAUUAUUACUUUUCAGAGCGUUACGUUUCUUUCCUUCGCCUGACACUUUGAUGCUUUCUUCAUUGUUAUUUAAAUCUUCCUUUCUCAUAGUUCUAUGCAAAAUUCAUGAAGGUAGCUGGACAGCUAUAUUUGUCGUAAUUUGUUUUUCAGUCUGUUUAUGUGACCGCUAUUCGAUUAGACAAGAUUGAAGAAGCUUUUAUUAAUUUACAUACACGAAACUUAUUACAAUGGAACCUCGAUGUAACGAAGGACCUAGGGACUGGCAAAACGAGGUUUCAUUAAAUCGAGGCUCUUUUUCACAUGUUUUACUUCUACUGGGGUAAAAAACAUCGUUCGUUAUACCGAGGACUUCGUUAUAUAGAGGUCCGUUAUUUUGAGGUUCUGCUGCAUAUGUCAGGUUUGCUAGGCGACUCUAACUUUGUCAAUUUGGGUAAAACUGUUGUGUUUCACUCAUUUAUGAUAUAAAUGUACAGAAAAUAAUCGUCUCGACAUAACAAUUUCCUUUAAAUAACGAGACAAUUGACAUUGUUGGAUUAGGUAGAAAAAAUCGGUAGGUGGAAUGCAAAAACACUUAAUCUUAAAGUUGGUAAUCCUCUCCCCUUUCAGCACCUGUAAUUUUACCAAAAUAAAUAAAUAGUAAUAAAUAAUAAUAAUAAUAAUAAUAAUAAUAAUAAUAAUAGGGCUCAAACAACAGAUUUUAGAACUGGUUUUUAAUACUAGCAAUUUUUUUAUUGUUGUGCAGUCAUCUCAUCUGACUCUUUCUUCCAUACAAGCCUUCGGAAAUACAAAGGCUGUCCAUGAAAGGUUCCCCUUUGUUCUUUCAAAACUCUUUCCACCUCCCUUUUAUCAGAAAAUCUGACAAUACAAAUCAACUUUCUAUCAACUAACACUCGAUGCUGGUUCAAGAAUACUCCAUUUGGAACAACUCCAAAAGUUUUUUCAAAGUACUCUUGCACAGCCAUAGGCCGUGUUGCUAAUGGCAGACCCUCAACAGACAGUUUCAGCUCUCGGAGCCUUGCUGAUGCAAGAUUGCUUGGAUCAUGAUAUCUUGAUACUUUGACCUCCGAUCCAUUAAUGAUAUGAAACUUGUUUUCUAAAAUGCCAUCAACUAUGGCUUCAUGUGGAAAACGAACAAAAGCCACAUUGGCAUCUUUGUCAAAACUGUAAGACGCAUUGCCACCAUGUACAAUGAAGUCAACACACUCAACAUCACCAAACUUUUCAAAGUAAUCUCUUAAGUUUUCCACAUUUAAAUCAUCAGGAACUGACGUUAUGGAGAUACAUUUGGUUUUUCCUGAGAAUUCCUUGGGUUUACGUGGGAACUCCAUAACUUGGGCAUCAAUGUCUUGGUUAGCGAUCUUUUGGGUUGGUUGUUCAAGUGCUUUCUUCACUGCAGAUAAUGACCUAAACAUCACGUAGUAGCUGCAAACAUUUUCAUCUUUUGGAUCCUUGUGAGCUAAGAACACUUUAUUGACUUCUCCAAAUUGAGAAAAGUGAUCUUCAAUCUCCUUUCUGCAAACGUUCUUUGAUAUCUUGUUCACAAGCACGGUCAAUUCUUUCUUUUGACGUUCAGCUGGCUUCGCCAUUUUCAAUGGAAUGUCUACCGUGACGUUAUGACCAUCGAUAAUGUGGGAAUCUGCUCUUGCAAGAACUUUCUGAGCACUUUUGGCAUCGCGGAACGUCACAAAGGCGAACCCUCGAGGGAAAUUAGUAAGCUUAUGGCGAAAGUAUUCCAGUUUCUCAAUCUCACCAUACUGCGAGAAAUAUUUAAAAACUGUAUCCUCAGUAGUGUAAUCUUUACCCUUCAGAAGAUUUCCAACAUGUAGUCUCCGGAUACUUGUGUCAACUGUUCUCAGAUCUCUCUUUUCUUCAUGUUCAGUAGAUUGUACUUCACUCAAGUCUGCUGACGUUGAUGAGACAUUCCUCACUUUGAGAGAUCGUAAAAGUGGAAGAAACGAUGGGCCAGUGCGGCAGAAUACAGAAUUUGCGGAUGUUGAUCGAAGGAGGAACAGCGCCAUGUUGGAUUCUUGAGAGUAUCCUUAAGUACGAAAUGAAUCAUGGGAAGCACUUUCGUCGUGCCAGUACUCCUUUUUAGCCGCGGUCUCGCGGGAAUCGAGAAAAGCACUCGAGACUCGUGAACACCUUAUAAACAGCCAAUCUCGACCCCCAGGCGAGUGGCAAAAGAUGCCACAAUCAAUCUCGACCCAGAGCUCUUCUGCGCAUGUAGAGGAGAGAGAUCUCACGCGCACAUUCCCAAACCCCUAAGCAUUGGGGAUGAGAAUGAUGCCAUGAUGCCACACACCAUCUGCUUGACCCUAGUGCCAUCAUGUGCGGAAGAGCUCUGGGGACGAGACUGGUAAACAGCCAAAACUGGGAAAAAACGAUGCAAAUGAAUCAAAUGACCACUGACGAUCAUGGUCUAGCCUUCCACGCAAACUUCUUCAGGGCCAUCAUACCGCAGCUCUCCUUCCAAUAAAGAACUGCCCUGAGCUGGUGUAAGAGCCAAGACAAGGGCCCAUCUGGGAAAAGCUAUGUAAAAGGCGGAUGACUAAAUUUAAAGUCUGAUAUCAAUUACAGCUAGUGCAGGUUUUUUCGUUUUGUUGGCUAGUUUUGCCAUUUAGAGAAAGGAAUCAGUUAAAAAGGUAUAAUAAACUGUACUUUAUUUAGAGAUCUUUAACACAGAAAACAACAUCCAUUUCAAAAUCUCAGCCUGGGCUUUAUUCCUAAAAUAUUCUUAAUUUUUCGAAAAUUUCAGUCUCGAUAUUCUUAUACAAUCAAAAAGACUGUAGCCUGCAAGCAUUUUUUUCCCACCCCCUCUGGCCAUGACUUACUCGCAGAAUAACUAUCUGGCCCCAGUUUUUCAAAAGCUGGAUAACGCUAUCCAUUGGAUCAAUCACUAUCCCGUGGAUAAGCAUAAGGGCAAUCAAUUGCACUAUCCAGUAGAUGCGAACUUUCCGUAUAAACGGCACAUUUCGUCUAAAAUAAGACGCGGCUUAGCUAAGACGCGUCUUAUUAGAUAAGACAUGCUCGUAUAAAUGGUACAGUUCGCGUCUCAUUUAAGACACGUCUUGUGUAAGACGCGUCUUAUUUUUCCUCGUAUAAAUGGCCCUAAUAUUGCUGUUGUCAAUGUGCCAUUAAUAUUGCGUGAAACAUUGGACAGAGAUUUAUCCGGUGGUAGUGUUAUCCAGCUUUUGUAUGGCUUGAUGAUUGAUUCCAUGUGAUACAGAGAAUGCUUGGCUUUUUAAACAAAUGGCUGCUUCAUUCAUCAGAUAUCUUAGGGGGAGGAAAAUCAGACAAGCCAUAAAAACAUAAAUUCUCUGUCUCUGUUGGAGGUUAAGUACAUGUGGACCGUGAACUUAAUCUGAAAUGCAUUGUUCCUUGUAUCAUUUGAGAUAUUAACAGCUUUUAUGACAGAUUAUGAUUGUUGUUUACCUCUACUGUUUGUAAGCCAAUUUUUUCUACAAAGAACAGAGUCCAGUGAAAAUUGUCAAACACAAUGGGGGAAAAAGUCAUGUUCACCAUGCUCACAUUUACAUCAAAGUCAAGUUUAUUUGUCUUAGUAUAUCUUAAAAAAACUCUAUUCAAACUUUGCUUCAUAGCCUGUAAAUAAGAAAAUACAUUUGCUACAAAGAGAGAGGGAAAAGGCUGUUCAGAGCUAUCUGUUUGGUUAAAAUAAUUAAUAUUUGAAGUUUUACUGAUGACAGCCAAAGGAUUAGCAAUAGAUUAUCAAAAUAAUGAUUUAUCAACACAUAACUGGAUGAGUUAUUAGCCUGCAUCACAGACAAAACUUAACUCUGGUUAAGUCCAUCUACUAAACAAGCAUUGGAAUCCUUGUUCAGGGCCCCUUCCUGUCUACCAGGAUUUGAACACACAUCAUGACUGACCUGUUAGAAAAGCCAUUGUCAGUUUGCCAAUCAGGAUGAAAGGAAAUUCAAAACACAAAUUCAUUAAGUCUCUGGGGGACCCACAACAAGGAUCACAAUGCUGCUUUGUAGAUGUUCCUAAGCAAGGUUAAAUUAUGUCUGCAAUACAGGCUAGUUGCUUAUCUCUUUAGUUCAUUUAAUUAAUUUUUAAUUCCCUACUACAUCAGAGUUUUUUCUUGAAUUUCUCCAAACAAGUCGACGGAAAUGCAAUGUAGUUCCUUCAAAUGUGACCUUUGGUUCUCGUAGAACCAUGUCUACCUCGUUUUGCUCUGAAAACCUAACAAUGCAAGGAGUCUGGUUAUUUCUAAGUACUUGACGCCUGUCAAAAAAUACUCCAAUUGGCACAAUGUCAAAAGCUUUUUUAAGGUAGUGCCUUAUAAGAGCUACACCUGUUGAUAAUGGAAGGCCUUCCACUGACAGUUUCAAAUGCCGGAGCUUAUCUGGGAGGUCAACAGCUUGGUCUCUAUGUUUUGCAACAUUUACAUCUAAUCCGUUAAUGACAUGAUAACUCUUUUGUGUUAUUUCUUCUACUACAGCUGCAGAAGAGAAACGAAUAAAGGCCACAUUGCGUUUGCCCUCUUCACCAGACAUGAGUGGGAUAUUGACAAGUAAUUCCACCCACUCUACAUCCCCAAAUGCCAGGAAGUGAUCUCUCAAAUUUUCAACAGUAAUCUGGUCUGGUACUGACGUUAGGACCAGCUUUUUGGUUUUUCCAAUGAUAUGGCUUGACUGUGGAAAUUCCAUCACUUCCGAUUCAGUUCUUUGCUCCCCGAUUCUUUGUAGUGGUAGUUGUAAGGCUUCAUGCACACCUGAUAACGAUGCAAACAUGACAUAGUAGCUGCUUAGAUUUUCAUCUGCUGGAUCAUGCUGAGCCAAAAACACCUUGUUUACUAUACCAAACUGAGAAAAGUGAUCUUCGAUUGCUUGUUUGCUUGUACUUCUUAAAACUUUUUUCACAAGAACAGUAAGAUUUCUUUUUCCUUGAAUAGCCAUAGUUUGAUUUCUUAAAGGAGCCACCUUGAGAGUCUGACCAUCAAUUAUAUGAGGCUCUUCGACUGCCAGGACUUUCUGAGCAACAUGUACAUCGCGAAAUGUCACGAACCCAAAUCCUCGACCGGACGGAUUGCGAGGAGAUUUAGUAGGAAAUUCCAUGAGCUCAACUUCACCAAAAGUCGAAAAGUAUUUGAAUAACUCGUCCUUUGCGAUUUGACGAUUCUCUUUGGUAGUCUGUCCUUUAAAGAGAUUGCCAACGUAAAUUUUUCUUAGGUUGAUAUUGUAAUUUGAAGAAGGUGAACGAGCGCUUGGUAAGCCACGUGGUGCACCUUCUUCGAGUUCACGAGCUUUAACCGACGUCGACAAGACUCUCUCUUGACCCGCAUGCAAUAAAGAAUACCGAUGAAGACUGAUUGAAGGAAAAAAAUGUUUGGAUACACUGAAGACUCUAUUUGUGAGGGCAUUUCUCCAACACAGCUGAUGCAAGAAGACCGCCAUUUUGGAUAUUUACCUUCCAAAUGAAGAAUCAUGGGAAAUAUUUUGCAACGGCGGGGAGGACUGGGAAAUAACACUUUUAUCAAGAUGGUGGCUUACACAUGACAUCACAAAAUUCCUCGAAACUAUUUGCAUGUCUCUUGACGAAUUCUUUCUCUGUCAAGACUUAGUGUUGUUUUUCAACAGGAAAAGGGAUUUAUGGAUUGAUUUAGUUGUUAAAGUCGCUUGAUGCAGCUGCAUAUUCUAUAAGUAUCUUGAAUCAACAAUCUUCUCACGGCAUGGAUGUUGCUAAUUUCCUGUCUGCUGUUUUUCCGUCGAAGGAAGACGAAAAUAUUGCGACUCCAAGGUAACAAAAAUCCGUGUUAUCCUCAGUAAGACCUAGUUAAAUGUUUUAAAUGCUUUUCCAUUGGUAAAAGAUGGAGCAUUCGUCAAAAAGGCACAUUCUUUAAAGCACAAAUAAGGUCAAUUUUGGAUGGGUCAAAAAUAUGAUGACGGCGAUGGCUAGCUUGAGACCACACCCUCUCCACAUUAUCUCUAUGUCUUUUUAAAAUUUUUUCCUAUCUCUUCUCUCCUCUUAAAAAAAGGAAAAGAAAAGAGAAAGAGAAAAGCACGUAAAUGCAGGAUGGCUAGAUUGCAGAAGCCCUUGCAGUCCUCCAGUCGUCCAAUUUGCAUAGUAAAUUCUGACGUUGACAAGGGGAGUGCUGGACUGUGGGAGCACUAGUAUACCUUGUUCUAUAAGCACACUAGUUACUGGACAUCGACUACAGGAGUAUGGGACUGUGAGAGCACUAGUUGUGUACCCACUUGAUAUUCACUUUUCUGCAACUGCGGGAGAAGCACUUGUUUUACUUACUUUAAUAGAUCGAAGUAUUCAGCAUAAUAGAACACGACUGCAGGACUGUGGAAGCGGGUUUUCAAGUAAGACAUUUAGUGAGCUGGAUAUUCUGAAAUUGCUCCUUCAGGAUAUGAUGAUGAUGAUGGUGAUAAUGAUGAUUAUGUUUAUUUAUUAAUUUUAAUGUUUUUAUUUAUUUAUAUUUUUUUUCAUUAUUUGUAAUGGUCUGGUUAUGAUUUUUGUCACCCUUGCAGAAGGUUAUUGGAGUAUGGCACCCUUCAAGAUCACAUUGAUGAGAUUCUAGCCCAAUAUGACGAGGAACCAAAACCAGGUAUGCUUCUCUCUGUGAUUAACAAUAAAUUAUUGGAGUACAUGAUCUUGAAGGGUAAAACCUGGGCUGUCAUUAAGGGCCGGAGGCCGCAGAUUUACCCCAGCAACUAUGAGCACGAUCCCCAGCUACUUUUAUAGGAAUUAAAGGAAAAAUGGGACUGAAAGAACUUCCUUCAGUCUGUAGCCUGUUGAAUAAUAAUAUUGAAUAAACCAUCAACUUGAAAUCUUAGCUUCUCAUUUUAUAUAAAGAAAUUCGAUCCAGGCCCUAAUGGAAAGAGUGAAUGAAUGUGGAAUGACCCUUCUAUUAAAUCCUUUAGUUUGAAAUGUCAGACCGCUGCAAAAAUGAAAAGAUGGUAAAUUUUAAGCUUGGUAAAUGAAUAUGUGAUUCAAAGAUGUGAUAAUCAGAAUGCUGGGUAGAGAACAUGAUGUAACUUUUUUUUAACAGUACUGUACACAGGCUACAGCCAUUGUAAAGUCUGUCUUAAUUUAUUGGUAUUGAGACAUUGCUGGUUUACUUGAAAUAUUUGCUCCAAAAAAUAUUUAAAUUUACCUAGUAGUAACCAAAGGUUAGGAAGUGCUGGGAUUAAUCAAAGGUCAAAAGGCUCUUGCUCCAGUGCUCUACUGUUUUUAAGUUUCAUGUUAUAGGAGGCCAAAAUGCACAUGAUCAGGUAAUGACCUAUAGAAGGUCCAAACAAGUGUGAUCAGAUUGCCUUCUGUGCAUUCCAUUUAUUCUAAGUGGAAGUCCAAACAAAAUUUGGCAACGUACGUGUCACGCAUACACAAUGGCUGCCUGGAAAUUAACUGUGAUUUCUUUUCCUCCCAUUCAAAGAGCUUGAUGCUGAGGAAAGAGCAUUAACUGAUGGUAGAAUUGGACCAGGUAAUGUGGGGAUUGACAGAGCAAGUCUUUGUGGGUCAAUGACUAUCAAAGAUGGAAUGGAGGUAUGGCAGACAUUUAUUUGUAAAUAUGUUUUACUGAAAAGCCCAGUAGUUAAUUACAAGGAUACUCUAAAGUGUAACCCUGAUCAACUUUUAACAAAACUAUACUGCUGUUUAGAUUGAAAGCAAAGGCAACUUCAGCAGUGUAAGGGCCAAUGCCUGUGUUUGCAAAGGUAGGUGCUAGUAUAUGCUAUGGAAUAUAUUUUCACUUAAUGAUCGCCAAAGGGAAUAGGUUCUAAUUCUCUCAACUAAUUCCAUAAAAAAAUGUAUGGAGAUCAGUUGGGAGAAUUUGUAUGCAUAUAUUGGGGUUAAUUUUUGACCAGUUGACUGCUGUUUUCUUUGAAGGAAAAUGGAUGUAUGAGAUUCUUUUGGGUUCUAAAGGAAUCAUGCAACUGGGAUGGGCAACUUUACUAUGCAAAUUCACCAAUGAGGUUUGCGAAAAGUCAGUUUUCUAUCCUUUUAGUCUCUUGAUAAUAUCCCAUGAUGCAAUUAUUCAUGCUCAAGUCAAUGUUUAAUUUCUUACCAAAGGAAGGUGUUGGUGACACUCCUGACUCUUUUGCUUAUGAUGGCCAUCGUGUUAGGAAAUGGAAUGUGACAACUGGAAAAUAUGGAGAGGUAUGAUCAGGCAGCUGUUGAUGCAUUCCCCAAUAAAUUUGCACUUAGGCAAGAGGUAUGCCCAGGACUAUUGCUAAUCCCCCUGGAUAAAAUGCUAGUCCAUUGCAGGGUUACCUCCCAGCAGUAUGUCGCUGGCACCCACAAAGUGGAGAAAAUUUCCUUGUCUAAGGAAACAGGGCGAUGGUAGGGGCUUGAACCCUGGACCUUAAGAUCCUGAGUUUAAGGUGUUAACCGCUCGGUCACACACACCUACACAAAUAACCAGAAAAGUCGGUAAUAGAAGCUAAAAAUCUAGAGCACUCUAGGUCUUCAGUGCAAGAAUGCAGACAACAGGGAUCAAACUUUUUCAUAUGAAAUGAAUCCUUGUGUCCAUGAUGACAAUGAAAACUGGCUAUUUUUCUUCACAGGAGUGGAUGGCUGGUGAUGUCAUAGGAUGUUGUAUUGACCUAGAUGAAGGCACAAUAUCUUACAGUAGGUCAGUGUCCCCAGAUUCUAAAAGGAAUAUUUAUGAUUUUCCUACCCACAAAAAUCAUUUUUAUUGUUUGUGUUAUCUUUGUCUUAAUAAGUGUUUAGUUUAUUGUCAGUUAGUCUCAUUCUCAACCUUGCCAUACCGUCACUAUUACUCCCAUCUUAACUGUCUUGAUCAUCAUCAUCAUCUUUAGUAGUAGCAUCAGCAUCAAUUUAUCAUCAGCCUUAUUAUUAUCAUUAUCAUCAGCAUUAUUAUCAUUAUAUGGUCAUUGUCUUUUUCAACACCACUACCAACACUACUAUUGUUAUCAUCAUCUCCAUCACAAUCAUCGCCAUCCUUCUUCUCCUUCUCCUCCUCCUCCUCAUCAUCAUCAUCAUCAUCAUCAUCAUCAUCAUCAAUAGUUUUAUUCUCAGUUUUUAGUCACUGAUUUCUUGGAAUUUGAAUCCAUUCUUUUCUUUGUUAUUUAUAGGAAUGGACAUUUCUUGGGUGUUGCUUUUGAUAAUGUUCAGUAUGGACCAGGACUUGCUUAUUUUCCUGCAGCCAGCUUAUCCUAUGGAGAGUCAUGUCAGAUGAAUUUCGGAGCAUCUCCAUUCAAGUAUAGUUUUUAUUGUUUGUUAAUUUUUAUUCUGAUAAUAGUUUAAUUAUGUAUAUCUAAUUUGAGAUGUGAUGUAUGUUUUACAGUCAAACCAGGUCAAGCGUUCCCGUCGCUAGCAAACUAAUGAAUUCAUUAAUGGAAAAAUGAUUUCGUUUGUUUAUUCAAUAAUCCAUUCAUAAAAAUGAAUAAUCUAACAGUCAAAUUGGACCUCGAUUCAGUAAUUAAAUUUUGAUUUGGUUUAUGAACAAAAUAUACCUGUUCUUUAUUCUUGUCUGUUGAGUUCAAUCAUAUUUGCUUCCCUUUUCCUGCCGUUUACGAUUGUGUUUUUAAUUGCCUUUAAUCAAAAGAACAGCUAGAAUAGACAGACCGCAAAUGCAAAAAAACUGACAAAGGCCGAGGAUCGAAAUCCACCAAUCACCGUACAUACACUGGCCUCAGUUUGACUAUGGUGUUUUCUAAGAGGUCAGGUCCGUUGCAAACAGUUUGUUUGGGCUUGAACUUCAGAACUGGCCCGCACUCGACUCGAAGAAAAAAAAGUGUAGUUUUUAAAAAAACGGUAAUCGAAUCAACAUUCGAUUAUGGAAUCGAGGCUAAAUAUGAAUAUGGACCAUUCAUUUUAUGAAUGGAUUAUUGAAUCAACAAACGAAAUCAUUUUUCCGUCAAUGAAUUUAUUAGUUCGUUAGCGACGGGAACGCUUCACCUGGUUUGACUGUAAUGGAUGCCUAGCAAAUUAAUAGUCUAAAUGACUUCUUAUGGAGAAGUUGCCUUGUGAUUGCUUUCAAAACUAGGGCAGGAUUGGACUCUAAGGUUCUUCUUUUGUACACUCUUUCAGUAAUAACCACACUAAUUUCCUUACAAGUUCAUAAUUUCGACGAGAAGAUUGCCAUACUUGGGAAAUUCACACAAUGAUAAAAUACAGGAUUUAUAUGCAGUGCUCGACCAAUCAGCGUGUGAGAAAUCACUCAGUAUAUUGUAAAGAAAAAUAGACAAAAAAUUUUUAUAUGGUAGUUUUUCUAAAUUUAUGUCUUAACCACUUUAGAUUUCCUGUUGAAGGUUACAAACCUCUUCAAGAUCCUCCAACAUCCGAUGUUGCCAAAGCAACAGAACUCAUUUCAUGCUUGGAGAGGCUACUUCCUGCUGUAAGUAAGCUUUGUUUUUCUUGUUAGAGAUGAUAUACAGAUUUCUUGACCAUCUUCGGUCCUGUCAUCAAUCCCUUCCUUGCCAAGCUUGCUUGUGACUGCUAGGAGAACUUUGAUCCUGGUCUCCCUUUGUUGGAAAUGAAUAGGGCACCUUCAUCAGGGUUGUCAUUAAGAAUUCUAGUGGCAGGAGAAAGGUGUAACGUUACAGGAGAAUAUUUUGAAAGAGGCUCCACAUCUGAAUUUAUAAUAGUCAUAGGCUGCCAAAUGUUUGCUGGAGAAUCAUGUGUAAUAAAUGGAGAAUUGUUGGAUCUCCGAUGCCUAAUGAAUAUGGCCCGCCUCAAAGGAAACAUCGCUCGAGCUAGUAACCAUCCCCAGGCCUGCUGCCAUUAAAGCUGAUAAAUUAUUGUUUUAAAAUUUUUAGCCAGAGAGAAUCCCUUGGUUGCCAGCCUCUCUUCAUGGCCGAUCUGACACGCUGACUCUUCUCACCACUGCACAUGUCUUUGAAAAACUGGGACCUCUGCUAGUAAGAAAUUUUAUGCUUUUCGGGAAUGAGUCACAGUAUUAGAAUGCAUGGGUACACAGAAUAUUUCUUCCCUUGAGUAGACAUGACUUGCAAGAUGAAGAGAGAGUACUCUCUUCCAUGAAACUAAGGAAUUUGGCAACAGGGUUCGUGGUUUAAAGUUUUAGAUUGUUAGAAUUUUGUUUUCAUUAAAUCAUAAUUUCAGAUUAACGUAUUUUAAAUAAAUUAUUUUAUCAUAGUUAAUUCAUAAUCUUAGCAAUGAGUAAUUCAAUAAUUCAAACUUUUAAACUUAUUUUUGUAUUUUAGUUUCUGCCUUAAUUAACCCGUGGGAUAUCUGUAAACAAGUCGUAUGGCUAAGCAUAUUUCACCACAUAAAAUAAAGUGUCUAUGUUGUUGUCUGUGUCUAUGUCUAUGAAGAGACAUGACCCAUGGUGUGAAGAUAAAUAAUCAUGUCUCCUCGUAGCAAUCACUUUGGUUUUUAGGAGACUGUAUUAAGUAAAGUUCUCUGCUGUUUUGUUUUUCAAGACUGGAGGAUAUGUUGUGGAAGAAGUUCUUUUGCCCUUCUUACUUAAGUCCUGCUCAGAAACCAGUCCUUUGGAGCAUCAACCUGGUGUUGAGAAAGUGUUAGAUUUAAUGUGGGUCUGUAUGGAGGUGAGCUAAUCUACUUGCUGAAUGUUUUAUCCCUUUUUACUUCUGAACAUCAGGGGUCCCGUCAAAAAAAGUUCCGUCCGGUUAUCCGGGAUGAGUAAAUUUUCUUGCUGGGCAAGUAACUUUUAAAGCUUACUUACCUGAACAGGUUUUACAAUAUUGUGUUGUUUUUUCUUUUGGUAGGAUUUUGAACUCGAACCUUGUUUGGGUCAUUUACUGAAUGUGCUUAUCAAAUACUAUUGGUUUAAGCCAGUAACAAUGGAUUUCAGAUCUCAGGUAAGAUAAGGACAUUCUCUUCUAUGUUAGGACUUCUGCUUUUGAGAGAAAGGCUGUUUAAGACAGUAACAGUGGAUUUCAGGUCUUUGAUAAGAUUGCUUGUUUAACUCAUCAUAGUAAGUUAAGAGUUACUGUCACUGAAAGAAAGACCAUUAAAUUAACGCUUUUUACAAUGUUUUUUCAAUUACUUUAUAAAAAAAUAUAUAUGAUUAGAGUGGAACCUCAACAUGACAGAUGACUAAGGGACUGGCAAAAUGUUUGCUUAAUUAAUUGCAGUUUUGUUGUAUCAAUGUUCUUUGCUAUAUACAGUGUAUUUUAGUAUUUCUUUGGCGAAGAAUAUUGUCCCUUAUACAGAGGACUUCCUUAUACUGUAUAAAUGUUUAGGGGUUUAUACAAUCAGUCUUGAUGACGCAAAUUCCCUUACAAGUCCUCUAUAUUACCAUAAUAACUGUAUCGGAUUUCAAAUGAAGGUAUGAUAAUCGCAGUGGUAAUUGCAAUUUAAGCAAUUGCAAAUUAACCCAAAAGAUAUUUUUCGGGACUUCAACUGGAUUCAAACCCAUGGCCUGUGCAUUAGCACUGGAGUGCUCCACAAAUUGAGCUAUGAAGACCCAUACAUUAAUUGGGAGCAAACUAAUUUGUUGAGUUCAUCUUAACCAGUGAGUGGAAUGAAACAUUGACGAUGAUUUGAACUGCAGAUUUGUUAUGAAAAGACCCAGGUUAUGUUUAAAGUGUCUUAUUUUUUCUAGGUCCACUGUCUUUCCUUGGCUCUUGCUAUACUCAAACAUGAAAGAACGCGGAGAAUGUGGAUUACUUGUAAAACAUAUCCUUUUGAGUUUACGAAGGGCGGGGCAUGGGCAGCUGACUACUGGGUCAAUAUCAGAGACCUUUAGAUUCUAAGAUGAGUACGACUAUGAGUCCUCAAUAAUAAUAGUUAGACUAGUUUUUUGGAUUAAUUUAAGCCUCUAUUGCAAUGAUUAUUGUUCCUAUGGAUGCUGUACUACUAUGGGAUUGUAUUUAGACUGCAAAACAGUCCAUAUUUUUGCAUAUUCAAGUACGCAGGAGCAGUCGAACAAAAGGUCUGGAAUGAGUCUGAAAACAGAGAGCGAGACUGGGGAGAGACGCUUACCCCACGCUUUACCGAUUUCUUUACUGAUUUUGAGAAAAAAACCGACUGUUUUGCAGUCUAGAUUGUAUUGGGAUGCUAGUGCUUCUUUUAUGGGCUAACAGGAGUAUGAACAUUGAAUUCAUCCUGCAAAACAGUCCCAUUUUGCGACUGACCCAGUCACACACAACCUCAAAAUGUCUAAUUAAGAUCUUAGCACAUAGUUCCUUUUUUGUUUUCGUCUUUGUAGUAUUACCUGUACAACCUGAUUGCCUUCAGUCAGUUUGUUUUCCUUGACUGUUUAAACUUUCCCUCAGAAAUUCAGUUAUUUUAUGCAUAUAAAACCUCCUGAUGAUAACAUUCUUCAAUCAUCAUUCCCCUUAGUGUGGUGGGAAAGCGAGGAUGUGAGUAUUCAAUAUAGCUGAGGGGGGAAAUGUAAUGGUAGUUUUAACCUGGAGCAAGCUCUCCAUUUAAGAAUUGCAAGAAGUGAAGGGUCACGCACAUUUGUGCCUAUUCUUUUUAUGCUAGUGAGGAACAAAAUCGAUUAAAUAAUUUGUAAAAGCGUAAUUUUGCCUUUUCAGUGUUCAAAACAAUUUAUCUUCACUUGUAAAUGACACUAAGCAAAAGUUUUAUCAAAUUGACCUUAAGUUAGACUAAGGGUAGCAUCAUUUUUCUUCUUCAAAGCUGCAAAGUUAGAAUGCGUAACACGCCAGUAGUGAGGAGCGCACUUCGCCGGUCACCCAUGGCAGUUUUCUACUCUCACGCUUUCUGCUCCAGGGAGAAGGAAAUAAGGGGCUACUCGUUAUCUCGGAAAGGUGCAGGCUCGAAUUUCCGCCCCUCUCUUUGGUCUGGUCUUGUUCCUCCCAAGAAGUCUUUUUGGGGAGGAGCUCGGGCUUAUUUCCUGAACAGGGGCUGGCAAUCGAGCCUAGGAAAAGUGUAACAGACGUUUUUAACUCUGCUUGUGUUGAACAAAUUAAAUUAAUCAUUGUUCUGUUUUAGGAGUCUUCAAAGCCAAGUGAAGCAUCAAAAACAGAGUACAUGGCAGCCUGCAAUAAACUCAAAAAUAAAGUUCAAGGUGCGGUCAAGAAAUUAACUGUUUUAUUUUUGCCCGUAUAAUUUGAGCCUGUUUUUCAGGCUCCGAGUUAGUAGGGUCCGCAAAAUUGAGCUGAGAAAACGCAAACACAAAAAUGAAACGGGAGGAAACUGGGGAGAGACUUCUUUCCCGCCACCACCCCCUCUUUUCCCAGAUCACGCGCUAAUAUUUUCGCGUGUAUUUCACUUACGCUUCAUCUCUAUUAUCUGAGCGUCUGCAACGGGUUAUUAUAAUUUUGACCAUAAAUAUGUUUAAAUCUUUGUGUGAAAGAUCUGGAUUCAGUGUCGGUACUGGACUAAUUAUUUCUCUCAUUCUCCACUGGUGGUUUUUUGAGAAUCCUUUCCCAAUAAAACCCUUGGAUUCCAAAUGCAGAAAAGCAAACGUUUGUGUUUUAUCCUUUACUGAUCAGUGGCAUCAGUGGGUUUAUAAUUUUUUCUAGGGAAUACAAAUCUUAAAAUGCGGACAAGGAUUACUCACAAAGGAAAUACAUCUCACGGUGCAAAUAACAGCUUUCUACAUUAUUUUUCAUUUCAGUACUCGAAAAUAUCCAAGUUGAAAUUUGCAAGAUUUUAAUGACAGGUGAUGAUCGACCAACACAGGUAAUGGCUUAUCUUCCGUAUCAUGCAAAUUGUUCAAUUGGAGAUAUUUUUGCAGGUUUUGUUCUGGGAAUUAGUUAAAAGCUGUUUUUUAGCUGAAACUGUAAUUUUUUCCCUUUUAUUCCUAAACGAUUCACGUUGUCUGCAGCUUUUGAAUCUCUUUAAAGUGCCCAGUGUACUUUACAAAAUCAGUUUAACCCUUGAAACGCUAAUAUCAACAAUCAUAUUCUCCACCUGUUCUCCAUAAAAUUCUUAUGGUAAUGAUAAGGAGAAUUUGUUUAACGAUCAAUCAAUGAAGCAGUGUUUGUGUAAGGAUACAUUAAUGUUGGGUUAAAAGGCAGGACCAUAGCUAGAAAAAAUUGUGACUGAGGCAAUGUCCGGCCGAUCCAUGGUUAAGUGAACAUUCUAGUUUACCUAGAUGUUUUGUGUUUGGGUAUUUAAUUGCUACUUUAUUUUUAAUUAUUUAUUUGCUAGCAGUGUUUUCCCUUCACCCCCCUCAAAAAGUAAAUGCCUCGGUUUGCCUCAUUUUGGCUAUGACCCUGCAAGGCAGUGGUGUUUCACUGUGGGUGAUACAGUGAUAACACAAGUGUCCAAAGAUCACGUUAUGAGGGUGAAAUGUAAUUUACAUUCUGUGUGGUGAGCGAGUCAGGGUGAAUAUAAAACCACAGUUUCUUAACAAUCCAACCUUGUUUAUCUUUCAAUACACUCUGCUGACGUAUUAAUUAUUUUCUUUCUUCAUAGAACUCCAAACCAACAAGGGUCCUGUUUUUAGAAAAAUUUCGAAAAUUUCUCCAAGAGAACAUGAUGACCAUCACGGUACGGGCCACAUGCAGCUAAGUAUAAACGUCUUCAGGAAACUGUUUUGCAUAAUAAAUAAAUAAAUAAAUAAAUAAAUAAAUAAAUAAAUGAUAACCAUAUUUUCGCAGGAUAAAAUACCCGUCAGUGUAUAAAAAACACUGUUGUCAAUGGGUUCCUUUAAAAAGAAGCUUAAUAAUGUCGUACGUGUCAACCGGCGUCUGACGUUCAGUCCGGUUGAACUUUUAUUUUGACCCUUGACGUGAGGUUUUAUGUAACAAGGUCCUGGUCGCAUCGAUAGCCUUUCAACUGGAUUUGUUCUUUGUUUUGUUAGAAGAAUUACAUCUCAGCGUUUUUCUUUAUUUACACAGUUACAGCCAUCCAGCGCAUGCGCGGGGCCAGUGAUCACGUGUUUCUAUCACAGACUUGUACAAGCACUCCGCUGGCAUUGGGAGCAGUGGGCGCGCGAGAAAGAUUCGCCGAUUAAAAGUAAAGGUUUGUUGGAUGGAGGCUGGCCUGUGUGCUGGCGUCUGCUGUCGCCUUUGCCACGCGAGCAGUAAGAGACGUCUACACACAACCUAGAUACAGGGCAGAAAUAAUCUUUUUACUUCGUGUAGAAAAUCUCCUAAUGCUCUAUAACUGUAUUGUGCUUAUAGUGUUCAUAAGUGUUUUUGUUGUUGUUUUGAGGUUAUGCAGUUAGUUAUGAAAUGAGGAUUGUAAUUGUAAACGAAAUCGUCUCUUUCCAGCUUUUCCGGCCUCAGCCGGAUAUAUGUAGGGCUACAAUCAUGUCAGACAAAUGCAUGAACAAACAUCAGCGCUUACCUGUGCAAUAAGUACUCUUCGUAAAAAUAAUAAGCUCCAAUACAUAAUCAGUAAAAAUCAACCUCGUAAUCAGGGUUACUGGGUUCUUUUUCAACCACUUAGGUUGUUUAUUUAACUGCAAGGAUCAUUUCCACUUUCGUAUCUUUAACCGCAGUUCAAAAUAUGAGUCAUUUCAUAAUUUUAUUUCCAUUCAAGUGGGUUACUGUGAAUCCUUCCUUUAAGAACCACAACAGAUCAACCGCCAUUCGGUUACAGUGUGGUAAUAGUAAUGUAAUUUAGAUUCAUGAUUAACGAUAUGAUUAAUUUAACUCGUUCUUAUACAACGCUUCCCAGAACUAUCAUAUUAGUCAAUAAUAUUAUUGUACAGUUUUUAGAUUUUAAUCUGUUAAGUGUGUAACAGGGAUUAUUUAUGUCUAAAAGCCUUUGGAAGGAUCAUAUAACAAAGUAUAUAGAGUAUGUAUGUAUCUAGAUUGUGCUACCUCAGCUCGAGCGGAGGUACCCUGGGUGCCAGAGACUUUUCUUGCAAGUUUUUCGGUUUCAGUCAAAUCCAGUGACCCGCGUGAGAAGCUUAGCCACUUGUGGAUCCAGCCUUCGGCCGAAGAUCUGUCGGCCGGCGGCCUAUACCGAAGCAUUCCGCCGCACGCAAAAAAAAAAAACCCUUGUUACCCAGGGUACAGCGGAGGAGUAAAAACUAACACAUUGUUUGUUGAGGUAAAUGGAUUAAGAAGCUCACUUUUCGCGCGCUAGUCCUUCGGUAAAGCGCUUCGUUUCACGAAUGGCUAGCGCACGAUUCGCGGGCUUUCAUGCAACAACUGCUGAGCUUCCUCUUAUGGUUUAUGGCAGAUACUGUUCUAAGUCCUUAGUGGACCGGCGGCCAACACCUAAGCAUCUUGCUGCCUGCUAGAAAAAAGUAAAUCCUUUCUUACCCAGGAUAAAGCAGAGGAGUAUAAACUAAAACAUUAGGGCCAUUUGUACGAGGAAAAAUAAGACGCGAACUUUCCGUAUAAACGGCACAUUUCGUCUAAAAUAAGACGCGGCUUAGCUAAGACGCGUCUUAUAUAGAUAAGACAUGCUCGUAUAAAUGGUACAGUUCGCGUCUUAUUUAAGACGCGUCUUAUUUUUCCUCGUAUAAAUGGCCCUAUUGUUUGUUUGUGGAGGUAAAUGGAUUAAGAGGCUCACGUUCCGUACGCUAGUCCUUCGAUAAAGCGUUUCGUUUCACGAAUGGCUAGCGCACGUUCCGUUGGCUAUCAUACAACAACUGCUGAGCUUCCUUUCAUCGUUUAUAGCACAUACUGUACUAGUGUUAAUGAUAUAUGAAAUAGAUCAUAUAUGAAUUGCGGAAAUGAAAUGAAAAUGAAGAAAUGAUCGUCGCAGUGAACGCAAUUUAUGCAAUUGCGUAAAGAAGCCUACUUUACGCAAUUGCAUAAAUUGCGUUCACUGCGACGAUCAUUUCUUCAUUUUCAUACUGUACUAGUGCUAGGUUGGCCAGCGGCCAACACCAAAGCAUCCCGCCGCACGCAAGAAAAGUAUAAAUCCUUUGUUACCCAGGGUACAGCGGAGGAGUAAAAACUAAAGCAUUGUUCGUUGAGGUAAUUGGAUUAAGAAGCUUACGUUUCGCGCGCUAGUCCUUUGGUAAAGCUUUUCGUUUAACGAAUGGCUAGUGCACGAUACGUAGGCUUAAACUUUCAUACAACGACUUCCGAGCUUCCUGUCGUGGUUUAUGGCACAUACUGUAUAAGUGCUCUUAAUUUGCCUUUGGUUUGGAUGGAGUCCAGAAAUGAGGCCGUCGAUGCAAAAACUUUUGAGCAAUACUUUCCAGUAAUUAAAAACACUUUCUUGAUGUUGUUUGCACUUGUUAGAUUGGCCAUUUUCACAGUAGAGACGAAUUUCCACCUGAGACGGAUAAUCCAUCUUCAAAAUCCGUCAAAAUUGAAGGAAAAACAGAUUGGUAGAGUCAGGCGGAUUGUCCAUCCAAAAUAAGACCGUUUCAUUUUUCAAAUUAAGACCCAUUAUCAGUCUGACGCAAAUUAUCCGUCGGAUAACCCGUCUCAGACGGAUAAUCCGUCUUUAGCGUAAAUACGGCCGUUGAUUGAAAUGAAGAACAGUACAUUUUUUAGGCAUUUUGGGUGAUCUUUCAAGUUAAGACUUUAUUGUUAAUUUACAUUCAACUCUGUUUAAGAGGGACACCUUUGGGACUUGCUCUAAUUGUCUAAGAGUGAUGUCCGUCUCAUAGAAAGUCAAAUAAAGGGAGUAAAGAAAGGCAGGGACCAAUUCUAGAUGUCCGUUUUACCGAGAGGUUUGUCUUAUAGAGGGGUCCGUCACGAAAGAGUCGACUGUAUUUAUCUGUACGAUAGUUAAUUGUUAAAUAUCCUCAAAGAGUAACACAUAAUCUCGCUUUAAGUUCCUUUGGUUAAUUCAUUAUAAUUUUCAAACACUAUUUUCGGUUCUUAGAUGCUUAUGUUCCCAAUCAUAUCUUUCUUGAUGACAGAGUUCAUUAUUGGGACCUUUCCAGGUAAUGGUAUCGUUGAAUCGGAUAAUUAUACGUUUCUGGGAAACUGCACACCUACCCCUCCCCUAAGCCAACAUUUUUCCCUGAGUGAGAAGUAGGUGUUAAUGUUAGCUUAAGGGAGAGGUAGGUGGCAGUUUCCCAGAAGCGAAAAAACCCAUGAAAUUCCCGCAGGCUCGCAAUGGUGGUGAUUUCAGAGCAUCAAAUCGCCGUGAUAUCCCUGCCAGUUUGCACAGGCGAUUUGCUAUUCGCAGAAAAUUGCUCCCAAAUAGCCUAUGUAAACAGACCUGUUUGCUCCGUUUGCAUUUUAACCUACGAACAGAGCUGACAGGGUGUUGAACAGCUCGCCACGGGUAGUUACACUACAGUCACUGCAAUCAAAACGCGUCCUUUUUGAUUGCUAAAUAGCUCUUUUUUUUUUCUUUUUCAUAGACUGGGUGGUGUCUUGUCACAUCUCAAGAAAGCAUAUAAUGGUAGGUCCAUUAAUAGGAACCUAAUUCUUGGCUUUAUACACAUAUAGCGAAUAAAUUGAACCAUAAAGAACAGGUGGCUGGGUUUAAGACUUAAAUCGAUACAGCGAUUUUUGUUUUACCUUUAAAAAGUGGUUUUUAAAAGCAUUUUUAACUUGCUUUAUCAGGCGAUAGUUAAAAAGAUCAAAAGGUGGACUCGUCAUUUGGCUACCAAAAAAAACUGCAAAGUAAAGGGUCAUUUUGGAUUGUUUAGUGUGUGUUUCUCAAAAUUAUGCAAAGAUUACUGUUAGCUGGAAAUAUGAUGCCUCUUCCCAAAACCAACCAAAAAAUUCUUACACCCUUGUUCCUUUGUUGCUGUCUGGGAUGACUAUUAUGACUAAGAUGACUGGGAUGACUAGGGAUGACUAGGGAUGACUAGGGAUGACUAGGGAUGACUAGGGAUGACUGGGAUGACUAGGGAUGACUAGGGAUGACUAGGGAUGACUAGGGAUGACUAGGGAUGACUGGGAUGACUAGGGAUGACUGGGUUGACUAGGGAUUACUAGGGAUGACUGGGAUGACUAGGGAUGACUAGGGAUGACUAGGGAUGACUAGGGAUGACUAGGGAUGACUAGGGAUGACUGGGUUGACUAGGGAUUACUAGGGAUGACUGGGAUGACUAGGGAUGACUAGGGAUGACUAGGGAUGACUAGGGAUGACUAGGGAUGACUAGGGAUAACUGGGAUGACUAGGGAUGACUGGGUUGACUAGGGAUAACUAGGGAUGACUGGGUUGACGAGGGAUUACUAGGGAUGACUGGGAUGACUAGGGAUGACUAGGGAUGACUAGGGAUGAGUAGGGAUGACUAAGGAUGACUGGGAUGACUAGGGAUGACUGGGUUGACUAGGGAUUACUAGGGAUGACUGGGAUGACUAGGGAUGACUAGGGAUGACUAGGGAUGACUGGGAUGACUAGGGAUGACUAGGGAUGACUAGGGAUGACUAGGGAUGACUAGGAUGACUGGGAUGACUAGGGAUGACUGGGAUGACUAGGGAUGACUGGGAUGACUAGGGAUUACUAGGGAUGACUGGGAUGACUAGGGAUGACUAGGGAUGACUAGGGAUGACUAGGGAUGACUAGGGAUGACUAGGGAUGACUAGGGAUGACUAGGAUGACUAGGGAUGACAAGGGAUGACUAGGGAUGACUAGGGAUGACUAGGGAUGACUAGGGAUGACUAGGGAUGACUAGGGAUGACUAGGGAUGACUAGGGAUGACUAGGGAUGACUAGGGAUGACUAGGGAUGACUAGGGAUGACUAGGGAUGACUAGGGAUGACUAGGGAUGACUAGGGAUGACUAGGGAUGACCAGGGAUGACUAGGAUGACUAGGGAUGACUAGGGAUGACUAGGGAUGACUAGGGAUGACUAGGGAUGACUAGGGAUGACUAGGGAUGACUAGGGAUGACUAGGGAUGACUAGGGAUGACUAGGGAUGACUAGGGAUGACUAGGGAUGACUAGGGAUGACUAGGGAUGACUAGGGAUGACUAGGGAUGACUGGGAUGACUAGGGAUGACUAGGGAUGACUAGGGAUGACUAGGGAUGACUAGGAAUGACUAGGGAUGACUAGGGAUGACUAGGGAUGACUAGGGAUGACUAGGGAUGACUAGGGAUGACUAGGGAUGACUAGGGAUGACUAGGGAUGACUAGGGAUGACUAGGAUGACUAGGGAUGACUAGGGAUGACUAGGGAUGACUAGGGAUGACUAGGGAUGACUAGGGAUGACUAGGGAUGACUAGGGAUGACUAGGGAUGACUAGGGAUGACUAGGGAUGACUAGGGAUGACUAGGGAUGACUGGGAUGACUAGGGAUGACUGGGAUGACUAGGGAUGACUAGGGAUGACUAGGGAUGACUAGGGAUGACUAGGGAUGACUAGGGAUGACUAGGGAUGACUAGGGAUGACUAGGGAUGACUAGGGAUGACUAGGGAUGACUAGGGAUGACUGGGAUGACUAGGGAUGACUGGGUUGACUAGGGAUUACUAGGGAUGACUGGGAUGACUGAAAUGACUAGGGAUGACUAGGGAUGACUGGGAUGACUAGGGAUGACUAGGGAUGACUAGGGAUGACUAGGGAUGACUGGGAUGACUAGGGAUGACUAGGAUGACUAGGGAUGACUAGGGAUGACUGGGAUGACUAGGGAUGACUAGGGAUGACUGGGAUGACUAGGGAUGACUAGGGAUGACUAGGGAUGACUAGGGAUGACUAGGGAUGACUAGGGAUGACUAGGGAUGACUAAGGAUGACUAGGGAUGACUAGGGAUGACUAGGGAUGACUGGGAUGACUAGGGAUGACUAGGGAUGACUAGGAUGACUAAGGAUGACUAGGGAUGACUGGGAUGACUAGGGAUGACUAGGUAUAUAGGGAUGACUAGGGAUGACUAGGGAUGACUAGGGAUGACUAAGGAUGACUAAGGAUGACUAGGGAUGACUAGGGAUGACUGGGAUGACUAGGGAUGACUAGGGAUGACUGGGAUGACUAGGGAUGACUAGGGAUGACUAGGGAUGACUAGGGAUGACUAGGGAUGACUAGGGAUGACUGGGAUGACUAGGGAUGACUAGGGAUGACUAGGGAUGACUAGGGAUGACUAGGGAUGACUAGGGAUGACUAGGGAUGACUAGGGAUGACUAGGGAUGACUCGGGAUGACUAGGGAUGACUAGGGAUGACUAGGGAUGACUAGGGAUGACUAGGGAUGACUAGGGAUGACUAGGGAUGACUAGGGAUGACUAGGGAUGACUAGGAUGACUAGGGAUGACUAGGGAUGACUAGGGAUGACUAGGGAUGACUAGGGAUGACUAGGGAUGACUAGGGAUGACUAGGGAUGACUAGGGAUGACUAGGGAUGACUAGGGAUGACUAGGGAUGACUAGGGAUGACUAGGGAUGACUAGGGAUGACUAGGGAUGACUAGGGAUGACUAGGGAUGACUAGGGAUGACUAGGGAUGACUAGGGAUGACUGGGAUGACUAGGGAUGACUAGGGAUGACUGGGAUGACUAGGGAUGACUAGGGAUGACUAGGGAUGACUAGGGAUGACUAGGGAUGACUAAGGAUGACUAGGGAUGACUAGGGAUGACUAGGGAUGACUGGGAUGACUAGGGAUGACUGGGAUGACUAGGGAUGACUAGGGAUGACUAGGGAUGACUAGGGAUGACUAGGGAUGACUAGGGAUGACUAGGGAUGACUAGGGAUGACUAGGGAUGACUAGGGAUGACUAGGGAUGACUAGGGAUGACUAGGGAUGACUAGGGAUGACUGGGAUGACUAGGGAUGACUAGGGAUGACUAGGGAUGACUAGGGAUGACUAGGGAUGACUGAUGACUAGGGAUGACUAGGGAUGACUAGGGAUGACUAGGGAUGACUAGGGAUGACUGGGAUGACUAGGGAUGACUAGGGAUGACUGGGAUGACUAGGGAUGACUAGGGAUGACUAGGGAUGACUAGGGAUGACUGGGAUGACUAGGGAUGACUAGGGAUGACUAGGGAUGACUGGGAUGACUAGGGAUGACUAGGGAUGACUAGGGAUGACUAGGGAUGACUAGGGAUGACUAGGGAUGACUAGGGAUGACUGGGAUGACUAGGGAUGACUAGGGAUGACUAGGGAUGACUAGGGAUGACUGGGAUGACUAGGGAUGACUAGGGAUGACUAGGGAUGACUAGGGAUGACUGGGAUGACUAGGGAUGACUAGGGAUGACUGGGAUGACUAGGGAUGACUAGGAUGACUAGGGAUGACUGGGAUGACUAGGGAUGACUAGGGAUGACUAGGAAUGACUAGGGAUGGCUGGGUUGACUAGGGAUGACUAGGGAUGACUAGGGAUGACUAGGGAUGACUAGGGAUGACUAGGGAUGACUAGGGAUGACUAGGGAUGACUAGGGAUGACUAGGGAUCACUGGGAUGACUAGGGAUGACUGGGAUGACUAGGGAUGCCUAGGGAUGACUGGGAUGACUGGGGAUGACUAGGGAUGACUAGGAUAACUGGGAUGACUGGGGAUGACUGGGAUGACUGGGGAUGACUGGGAUGACUGGGGAUGACUAGGGAUGACUAGGGAUGACUAGGGAUGACAAGGGAUGACUAGGGAUGACUGGGAUGACUAGGGAUGACUAGGGAUGACUAGGGAUGACUAGGGAUGACUGGGAUGACUAGGGAUGACUAGGGAUGACUAGGGAUGACUAGGGAUGACUAGGGAUGACUAGGGAUGACUGGGAUGACUAGGGAUGACUAGGGAUGACUGGGAUGACUAGGGAUGACUAGGGAUGACUGGGAUGACUAGGGAUGACUAGGGAUGACUAGGGAUGACUAGGGAUGACUAGGGAUGACUAGGGAUGACUAGGGAUGACUAGGGAUGACUAGGGAUGACUAGGGAUGACUAGGGAUGACUAGGGAUGACUAGGGAUGACUAGGGAUGACUAGGGAUGACUAAGGAUGACUAGGGAUGACUAGGGAUGACUAGGGAUGACUAGAGAUGACUAGGGAUGACUAGGGAUGACUAGGGAUGACUAGGGAUGACUGAGGGAUGACUAGGGAUGACUAGGGAUGACUAGGGAUGACUAGGGAUGACUAGGGAUGACUAGGGAUGACUAGGGAUGACUAGGGAUGACUAAGGAUGACUAGGGAUGACUAGGGAUGACUAGGGAUGACUGGGAUGACUAGGGAUGACUAGGGAUGACUAGGGAUGACUAGGGAUGACUAGGGAUGACUAGGGAUGACUGGGAUGACUAGGGAUGACUAGGGAUGACUAGGGAUGACUAGGGAUGACUAGGGAUGACUAGGGAUGACUAGGGAUGACUAGGGAUGACUAGGGAUGACUAGGGAUGACUAGGGAUGACUAGGGAUGACUAGGGAUGACUAGGGAUGACUAGGGAUGACUAGGGAUGACUAGGGAUGACUAGGGAUGACUGGGAUGACUAGGGAUGACUAGGGAUGACUAGGGAUGACUAGGGAUGACUAGGGAUGACUAGGGAUGACUGGGAUGACUAGGGAUGACUGGGAUGACUAGGGAUGACUAGGGAUGACUAGGGAUGACUAGGGAUGACUAGGGAUGACUGGGAUGACUAGGGAUGACUAGGGAUGACUAGGGAUGACUAGGGAUGACUGGGAUGACUAGGGAUGACUAAGGAUGACUAGGGAUGACUGGGAUGACUAGGGAUGACUAGGGAUGACUGGGAUGACUAGGGAUGACUAGGGAUGACUAGGGAUGACAAGGGAUGACUAGGGAUGACUAGGGAUGACUAGGGAUGACUAGGGAUGACUAGGGAUGACUAGGGAUGACUAGGAUGACUAGGGAUGACUAGGGAUGGCUGGGAUGACUAGGGAUGACUAGGGAUGACUGGGAUGACUAGGGAUGACUAGGGAUGACUAGGGAUGACUAGGGAUGACUAGGAUGACUAGGGAUGACUAGGGAUGACUGGGGAUGACUAGGGAUGACUAUGACUAGGGAUGACUAGGGAUGACUAGGGAUGACUAGGGAUGACUGGGAUGACUAGGGAUGACUAGGGAUGACUAGGGAUGACUAGGAUGACUAGGGAUGACUAGGGAUGACUAGGGAUGACUAGGGAUGACUAGGGAUGACUGGGAUGACUAGGGAUGACUAGGGAUGACUGGGAUGACUAGGGAUGACUAGGGAUGACUAGGGAUGACUAGGGAUGACUAGGGAUGACUAGGGAUGACUGGGAUGACUAGGGAUGACUAGGGAUGACUAGGGAUGACUAGGGAUGACUAGGGAUGACUAGGGAUGACUAGGGAUGACUGGGAUGACUAGGGAUGACUAGGGAUGACUGGGAUGACUAGGAUGACUAGGGAUGACUAGGGAUGACUGGGAUGACUAGGGAUGACUGGGAUGACUAGGGAUGACUAGGGAUGACUAGGGAUGACUAGGGAUGACUAGGGAUGACUAGGGAUGACUGGGAUGACUAGGGAUGACUAGGGAUGACUAGGGAUGACUAGGGAUGACUAGGGAUGACUAGGGAUGACUAGGGAUGACUGGGAUGACUAGGGAUGACUAGGGAUGACUAGGGAUGACUAGGGAUGACUGGGAUGACUAGGGAUGACUAGGGAUGACUAGGGAUGACUAGGGAUGACUAGGGAUGACUGGGAUGACUAGGGAUGACUAGGGAUGACUAGGGAUGACUAGGGAUGACUAGGGAUGACUGGGAUGACUAGGGAUGACUAGGGAUGACUGGGAUGACUAUGGAUGACUAGGGAUGACUAGGGAUGACUAGGAUGACUAGGGAUGACUAGGGAUGACUAAGGAUGACUAGGGAUGACUGAGGAUAACAAAGGAUUACUGGGAUGACUAUGGAUGACUAGGGAUGACUAGGAAUGACGAGGCAUGACUGGGAUGACUACGGAUGACUAGGAUGACUAGGAAUGACUAGGGAUGAUUAGAGAUGACUAGGAUGACUAGGGAUGACUAGGAAGGACUGGGAUGACUAAGGAUGACUAGGGAUGGCUAGGAAUGACUAGGAUAACAAGGGAUGACUAGGGAUGACUAGCAUGACUAGGGAUCCCUCGGAUGACUAGGGAGUACUAGGGAUGACUAGGGAUGACUGGGAUGACUAGGGAUGACUGGGAUGACUAGGGAUGACUAGGGAUGACUUGGUUGACUAGGGAUGACUAGGGAUGACUAGGGAUGACUAGGGAUGACUAGGGAUGACUGGGAUGACUAGGAAUGACUAGGGAUGACUGGGAUGACUAGGGAUGACUAGGGAUGACUAGGGAUGACUAGGGAUGACUAGGGAUGACUGGGGAUGACUAGGGAUGACUAGGGAUGACUGGGAUGACUAGGGAUGAAUGGGAUGACUAGGGAUAAUUAGGGAUGACUAGGGAUAACAGGGGAUGACUAGAGAUGACUAGGGAGGAAAAGGGAUGACCGGGAUGACUAGGGAUGACUAGGGAUGACUAGGAUGAGUGAGACGACUAGGGAUAACUAGGGAUGACUAAGGAUGACUAGGGAUGACUGGGGUGACUAGGGAUCACUGGGAUGACUAGGGAUGACUAGGGAUGACGAGGGAUGACUAGGGAUGACUAGGGAUGACUAGGGAUGACUGGGAUGACUAGGGAUGACUGGGAUGACUAGGGAUGACUAGGGAUGACUAGGGAUGACUAGGGAUGAGUAGGGAUGACUAGGGAUGACUAGGGAUGACUGGGAUGACUAGGGAUGACUAGGGAUGACUAGGGAUGACUAGGGAUGACUAGGGAUGACUAGGGAUGACUAGGGAUGACUAGGGAUGACUAGGGAUGACUAGGGAUGACUAAGGAUGACUAGGGAUGACUAGGGAUGACUAGAUGGGGAUGACUAGGGAUGACUAGGGAUGACUAAGGAUGACUAGGGAUGACUAGGGAUGACUAGGGAUGACUAGGGAUGACUAGGGAUGACUAGGGAUGACUAGGGAUGACUAGGGAUGACUGGGAUGACUAGGGAUGACUAGGGAUGACUGGGAUGACUAGGGAUGACUAGGGAUGACUGGGAUGACUAGGGAUGACUGGGAUGACUAGGGAUGACUAGGGAUGACUAGGGAUGACUAGGGAUGACUAGGGAUGACUGGGAUGACUAGGGAUGACUGGGAUGACUAGGGAUGACUAGGGAUGACUAGGGAUGACUAGGGAUGACUAGGGAUGACUGGGAUGACUAGGGAUGACUGGGUUGACUAGGGAUUACUAGGGAUGACUGGGAUGACUAGGGAUGACUAGGGAUGACUAGGGAUGACUAGGGAUGACUAGGGAUGACUAGGGAUGACUAGGGAUGACUAGGGAUGACUAGGGAUGACUGGGAUGACUAGGGAUGACUAUUGAUGACUGGGAUGACUAGGGAUGACUGGGAUGACUAGGGAUGACUAGGGAUGACUGGGAUGACUAGGGAUGACUAGGGAUGACUAGGGAUGACUAGGGAUGACUGGGAUGACUAGGGAUGACUAGGGAUGACUAGGGAUGACUAGGGAUGAGUAGGGAUGACUGGGAUGACUAGGGAUGACUAGGGAUGACUAGGGAUGACUAGGGAUGACUAGGGAUGACUAGGGAUGACUAGGGAUGACUAGGGAUGACUAGGGAUGACUAGGGAUGACUAGGGAUGACUAGGGAUGACUAGGGAUGACUAGGGAUGACUAGGGAUGACUCGGGAUGACUAGGGAUUACUAGGGAUGACUAGGGAUGACUAGGGAUGACUAGGGAUGACUAGGGAUGACUAGGGAUGACUACUAGGGAUGACUAGGGAUGACUGGGAUGACUAGGGAUGACUAGGGAUGACUAGGGAUGACUGGGAUGACUAGGGAUGACUAGGGAUGACUAGGGAUGACUAGGGAUGACUGGGAUGACUAGGGAUGACUAGGGAUGACUAGGGAUGACUCGGGAUGACUAGGGAUGACUAGGGAUGACUGGGAUGACAAGGGAUGACUAGGGAUGACUAGGGAUGACUAGGGAUGACUGGGAUGACAAGGGAUGACUAGGGAUGACUAGGGAUGACUAGGGAUGACUAGGAUGACUGGGAUGACUAGGGAUGACUAGGGAUGACUAGGGAUGACUAGGGAUGACUAGGGAUGACUGGGAUGACUAGGGAUGACUAGGGAUGACUGGGAUGACUAGGGAUGACUAGGGAUGACUAGGGAUGACUAGGGAUGACUAGGGAUGACUAGGGAUGACUAGGGAUGACUAGGGAUGACUGGGAUGACUAGGGAUGACUAGGGAUGACUGGGAUGACUAGGGAUGACUAGGGAUGACUAGGGAUGACUAGGGAUGACUGGGAUGACUAGGGAUGACUGGGGAUGACUAGGGAUGACUAGGGAUGACUGGGAUAACUAGGGAUGACUGGGUUGAUUGGGGAUUACUAGGGAUGACUGGGAUGACUAGGGAUGAAUGGGGAUGACUAGGGAUGAUUAGGGAUGAGUAGGGAUGACUGGGAUGACUCGGGAUGACUAGGGAUGACUGGGAUGACUAGGGAUUACUAGGGAUGACUAGGGAUGACUGGGAUGACUAAAGAUGACUAGGGAUGACUGGGAUGACUAGGGAUGACUUGGAUGACUAGGGAUGACUGGGUUGACUAGGGAUGACUAGGGAUGACUAGUGAUGACUAGGGAUGACUGGGAUGACUAGGGAUGACUAGGGAUGACUAGGGUGACUAGGGAUGACUGGGAUGACUAGGGAUGACUGGGUUGACUAGGGAUUACUGGGAUGACUAGGAAUGACUAGGGAUGCCUAGGGAUGACUAGGGAUGACUAGGGAUGACUGGGAUGACUAGGGAUGACUAGGGAUGACUAGGGAUGACUAGGGAUGACUAGGGAUGACUAGGGAUGACUAGUGAUGACUAGGGAUGACUAGGGAUGACUAGGGAUGACUGGGAUUACUAGGGAUGAGUAGGGAUGACUAGGGAUGACUAGGGAUGACUAGGGUUGACUGGGAUGACUAGGGAUGACUAGGGAUGACUAGGGAUGACUACGGAUGACUAGGGAUGACUGGGUUGACUAGGGAUGACUAGGGAUGACUGGGGAUGACUAGGGAUGACUGGGAUGACACGAAAUGACUUGGGAUGACUAGGAUGACUAGGGAUGACCAGGUAAGAGUUGGGAUGACUGGGGAUGACUGGGAUGACUAGGGAUGACUAUGGAUGACUGGGAUGACUAGGGAUGACUUGGGAUAAGUAGGGAUGACUAGGGAUGACUAUUGAUGACUAGGGAUGUCUAGGGAUGACUGGGAUGACUAGGGAUGACUAGGGAUUACUAGAGUUUACUGGGAUGACUAGAGAUGACUCAUGAGGACUAGGGAUGACAAGGGAUGACUGGGAUGACAAGGGAUGACUGAGGUGACUAGGGAUGACUAGGGAUGACUGGGAUGACUAGGGAUGACUAGGGAUGACUGGGGUGACUAGGGAUGACUAGGGAUGACUAGGGAUGACUGGGGUGACUAGGGAUGACUAGGGAUGACUGGGAUGACUUUUAUUACUAUGGAUCGCUAGGGAUGACUAGGGAUAACUAGGGAUUUCUGGGAUGACCUGGGAUGACUAGGAAUGACUGGGAUUACUCGGGAUGACUAGGGAUGACUAGGGAUGACAGAGAUGAGUAGGGAUUACUAGGGAUGACUGGGAUGACUGGGAUGACUAGAGAUGACUUGUGAUUAUUGGGGAUGACAAGGGAUGACUGGGAUAACUAGGGAUUACUAGGGAUGACUAAGGAUGACUGGGAUGACUAGGGAUGACUAGAGAUGAGUAGGGAUGCCUAGGGAUAACUAGGGAUGACUAGGGAUGACUCGGAAUGACUUGUGAUGGCUGGGAUGACUAGGGAUGACCAGGUAAGAGUUGGGAUGAUUGGGGAUGACUGGGAUGACUUGGGAUGACUAGGGAUGACUGGGAUGACUAGGGAUGACUUGGGAUGAGUAGGGAUGACUAGGGAUGCCUAUUGACGACUAGGUAUGACUAGGGAUGACUGGGAUGACUAGGGAUGAUUAGGGAUGUGUAGGGAUGUCUGGGAUGACUAGGGAUGACUGGGAUGAUCAGGGAUGACUAGGGAUGACUAGGGAUGACUGGGAUGACUAGGGAUGACUCGGGAUGACUGAGAUGAGUCGUGAUGACUAGGGAUGACUGGGAUGAGUAGGGAUUACUAGGGAUGACUAGGGAUAACUCGGGAUGACUGGGAUGACUAGAGAUGUCUUGUGAUGACUAGGGAUGACAAGGGAUUACUGGGAUGACUAGGGAUGACUAGGGAUGACUAGGGAUGAGUAGGGAUGACUGGGGAUGACUGGGACGAGUAGGGAUGACUAGAGAUGCCUAGGGAUGACUAGGGAUGACUUGGAAUGACUUGAGAUGACUGGGAUGACUAGGGAUGACCAGGGAAGAUUUGGGAUGACUGGGGAUGACUGGGAUGACCUGGGAUGACUAGGGAUGACUGGGAUGACUAGGAAUUAGUAGGAAUGACUAAGGAUGACUAGGGAUGAAUAGUGAUGACUAGGGAUGUCUAGGGAUGACUGGGAUGACUAGGGAUGACUGGGAUGACCAGGGAUGACUAGGGAUUACUAGGAAUGUCUAGGGAUGACUCGCGAUGGCUAGGGAUGACUAGGGAUGACUACGGAUGACUAUGGAUGACUGGGGAUGACUAUGGAUGACUAGGAAUGAUUGGGAUUACUAGGGAUGACUGGGAUGACUAGGGAUGACUAGAAGGGACUAGGGAUUUCUACGGAUGACUAGGGAUGACUAGCGAUGACUGGUAAUGAUUAGCGAGGACUAUUGAUGAAUAGGGAUGAUUGGGGUGACUAGGGAUGACUAGGGAUUACUAGGGAUGACUGGGAUGACUAGGGAUGACUAGGGAUGACUGGGAUGACUAGGGAUUACUAGGCAUGACUAGGGAUGACUGGGAUGACUAGGGAUGACUCGGGAUGACUAGGGAUGUGUGGGAUGACUGGGGAUGACUGGGGAUGAGUAGGGAUGACUAGGGAUGACUGGGAUUACUAGGGAUGACUUGGGAUGACUAGGGAUGACUAGGGAUGAGUAGGGAUGACUGUGAUGACUAGAGAUGACUCGUGAUGACUAGGGAUGACUAGGGAUGACUGGGAUGACUAGGGAUGAGUAGGAAUGAGUUUGGAUGACUAGGGAUGACUGGGAUGACAAGGGAUGACUAUGGAUGACUGGGAAUGACUUGAGAUGACUGGGAUGACUAGGGAUGACCAGGGAAGAUUUGGGAUAACUGGGGAUGACUGGGAUGACCUGGGAUGACUAGGGAUGACUGGGAUGACUAGGAGUUAGUAGGAAUGACUAAGGAUGACUAGGGAUGAAUAGUGAUGACUAGGGAUGUCUAGGGAUGACUGGGAUGACUAGGGAUGACUGGGAUGACCAGGGAUGACUAGGGAUUACUAGGAAUGUCUAGGGAUGACUCGGGAUGGCUAGGGAUGACUAGGGAUGACUACGGAUGACUAUGGAUGACUGGGGAUGACUAUGGAUGACUAGGAAUGAUUGGGAUUACUAGGGAUGACUAGGGAUGACUAGAAGGGACUAGGGAGUUCUACGGAUGACUAGGGAUGACUAGCGAUGACUGGUAAUGACUAGCGAGGACUAUUGAUGAAUAGGGAUGAUUGGGAUGACUAGGGAUGACUAGGGAUUACUAGGGAUGACUGGGAUGACUAGGGAUGACUAGGGAUGACUGGGAUGACUAGGGAUUACUAGGCAUGACUAGGGAUGACUAGGGAUGACUCGGGAUGGCUAGGGAUGAGUGAGAUGACUGGGGAUGACUGGGGAUGAGUAGGGAUGAGUAGGGAUGACUGGGAUUACUAGGGAUGACUAGGGAUGACUAGGGAUGACUGUGAUGACUAGAGAUUACUCGUGAUGAGUAGGGAUGACUAGGGAUGACUAGGGAUGACUGGGAUGACUAGGGAUGAGUAGGAAUGAGUUUGGAUGACUAGGGAUGACUGGGAUGACAAGGGAUGACUAUGGAUGACUGGGAUGACUAGGAAUGACUAGGAGGGACUAGGGAUGUCUAGGGAUGACUAGGGAUGACUAGGGAUGACUUGGAUGCUUAGGAAUGAUUAGGGAUGACUAGGUAUGACUGGGAUGACUAGGGAUGACUAUUGAUCACUGGGAUGACUAGGGAUGACUAGGGAUGACUGGGAUGACUAUGGAUGACUAGGGAUGACUAGGGAUGACUGGGAAUGAUUAGGGAUUACUAGGGAUGACUAGUUAUGACUAGGGGUUACUUGGAUGGCUGGGUAUUGUGCAAUUAUUUUAAAUGCUUUAUAUCAAACAUGGAUCACAAUGUUUGAUUACAAUAUCAAAUAAUAAGAAAACAAUGGCUAAAUUUUGACGUGGAGCGGGCUAUUUUUGCCGAACUUAAAAGUUGUUUAUAUUGUAUUUGAUGAAAUACUGUCUAAUUUUUUAUUAUUUUAUUACUUUAAAAAUAAUUUUUAGAAGGAGCAGUUACGAAUAUAAAGAUGUCGAGUUUUUCACCUGAUUUCCAAAUAAUCACUCAAAUUUAGUUGCCUUGGUAUUUUCUGUAUAAAUUACUAAUGUUUCGAGAAGGUCAAACGCAAAUCCCUUUAAAACAAUUUUUUUAGAGAUCAGCUUUGAGAUGUAACGAGCGGUAGAGUUUUAUCUUUUUUUUGGUUUCUUAGAUGCUAUCGAAGAGUCAGCUAAUCGAGCAGACACUGAUGAAACAGUCGAGGACCGCAACCUAGAUACGUCAUUGGUGGAAAUGCUGGAUGACGUGAUCAUGCUUUAUCACAUUGCCGUACACAAACAGCUUUCCAAAGUACGAAGAAUCAGUAUUUGUAAAAUUAUUAUGUGAAGAGUUCAACAUGCCUAAUACAGUUGACUCUCGGCUUGCGGACACCCUGCUAUAACGGACACGCCGAUAAUACGGACAGCAACUAAAUCCCAGGCAAAAAUAAAGUACUGUGUACAGACGUUUGACUGACAUAAACUCCUGCUGUUACGGACCCUCCCUAACACUAACUCAAGCCGCGUAAGCACUGUUUUCAGUUUCUCUUGAGGCGCUUGUAAGCCCCAAGAGAAACUGAAAACAUUGCUCAUUGAAAAUUUUUGGAGGGACAAAGAAGAGUAGUAAAGUAUUUUAAAAAAGGCCCAUGACGACGGCUAUCACGUUUUCCCGCCAAAAUGACGCUGGCGCUCACGCGAACACCACAUAUUGUCCUCAUAGUGCUAGUCUUAGAAUCUAACGGUCUCCAAUGAAAAGAUAAUACUGACAAUAUAAUGUAGCGUUUGUGGACAGUACGUUUAUUUCUUUCAGGUAAGAGCCGUGCGAGAUAACAUGAAACAGAACAUCAAAGCACUCGAAGAAACGAUGUCCAAGAUCAGACGGUGCGAGCCAGAGGUACUGCAGUGUAGUUGUACAGCAGACAGGAUUCCAUUAUCCAAAUUCAAAAAUCCAAAUCCAAUUGAAAUCUGGCCAUUACCCAUGUGAAGGUUGGGUCCCCCGUUUGUUUUCCCGCUCUUCGAGGUCACAUGAGUGAUGACCCAGUCUUAGUUCUUCUUGUUAUGUUUAGUUUUGGGUGUUCACUCGAAAUAAAGACCAAAAAGUGACCAAACAUCUACCUGAACUUUAUCAACUGCAUUGUUGGGGCGACUGUAUUGAUGGAGCAGACUGUCCCCCUUCUUGUCUCAGGGUCUAGAUGACCCUCCCCCCCCACACCCACUCAUCCGAAGCUCUGGAUCUGGCACUGCAGUGUGUCCUUUGCUUUCUAGCAAGGCGUUUGUGUACCACGUGAAUAGCUGGCUGCAAGGGGCUUAUAGUCUUGAUAGUAUAUUCUACUUCACGUUAACAUGUAAUUCUUCCGCACAUUCUAGUGGUAAACGUGCUGUCAAAUCUCGUAACCGGUAGCUAUAAUAUAUAAAAACCGUGGGGAGAAAGCAAAAUACAAAACAAAACAUAUAAAAACUCCCAAUUCUUCUGUUUCUGCUCCUUCUUCGGUAUUUGCAACUUGAGCCACGAGGCUCUUAGAAACUUUUAUUUUCAUUGGCCUUUGAAAACACACCUGUUAGAGGAAUGGGUCCGAGCUGUCGGCGCAAUGAUUUCUGGGAUUGUUUUGGUGGAUAAGCAAAAAAACAACUCGGUCGGAGAGAUUCGUUGCGCCAAAGUGAGCAUCUAAAGUAGCCAACGCCUAUUACCAGCAACAACAAUUUUCCUCUAACUGUCUGGUCCACGUACGCCUCCAGAAUGACUUUGUUUUUUACCUUUGUUUAGAGAACAGACAUUUUAACAGAGCUGGAAAGAUCAAAACGCGUCUUCAUGCAGGAAACAACCAAUUGUGCAAGACAUAUGGCUUGGGUGCAAACUCUCAUCUUUACUGAGGUUUGUUUUAGAUCUAAAUCAAAGCGGACUCAAACACUCUUCACUUCCUUCAACAUCUUUAAAGUUCAUUUUCACAACGACCAUCCACUUUUUUGCAGGAAAAACAAGGCGAUGUGCACUGGAUGUUACAGUGUAUCUUAUCGUCUGUGGAGCGAGGUGCCACCAAGGGACCCCUGUUCGAAUUCACGCCUGAGUUCUAUAUGGAUGCCGCUAUCAAUGCGUUCCACGGGCUCAGGCACUACUUUCACCCAACGACAAACUUCAAUGACAUUCCAGGUACAAUUUUCUUCUAAAGUCGCCACUUUCUAAGACGGACACCUUUGCGACCGCCACUAAGUGUCCGUCUUAAAGAGGGUCGAAUAAACCUGAGAGAGUAAAGAAAGGCAGGGACCAACUCUAGCUGUUCGUUUUAUAGACGCGUCCUUUAAGAGAGAGGGACUGUAAAUAAGGACCAGGUAUAGCAUCGUUUAGUUUUGCCGUUUUAAAUCAUGUUAGACUGUCUACAAACAAUUUGAAUUGCCCUCUUGUCUCAAGAGAAUUGUUACAGCUUCGAGGUAUUCGAAUGCAAACAUUUCAAAAUCACCGCGGUACAGCUCUCCAGGUGCUUAAUAUAAGUACCAGGAAGCUGGGAAUAGUACUCAUAGCCUACUGAUCAGGAAUAUCUAAACAAAUGAUGUAAAUCAAUAUCAUGUAAACAGUUGUUUUAUUGUUUUUUAAUUAUGUUACACUGCCUAUCAACGAUUUGAAUUGUCCUCCUUGCUUGUAUUGUGUCUCAAGAGAGGUUUCACAGCACCGAGGUAUUCGUAUCCAAACAUUUCAAAAUCACUGCGGUAUAGCUCUCCAAGUCGCUUAAUAUACUCGGUAGGAACCUGGGAAUAGUACUCAAGAACUUCAUCUGUGUUGGUCGAUUCGUGAAUUGGCGGGAAAGUCACGCGGUCGUCAAUUCCCGCCGUUUUUAACAAGAGGGGAGCGUCCUCAGCCAUGGUCUCCAAGUGUCCAAUGAAAGUGUAGUUGACAAGACACGGAUGGCAGAGUUUUUCAUAUUCCCGCCAAUGCUGAUUUCGUGGAAUAUCUUCGGAAAAGUAUUUAAUAAAUUCUGCAAAGCUAACGAAAUUUUCAUUUUUGUUCAAAUCUUGCGGUCGAUAUUUGUUUAUGAUGUAUUGCCGAUCUAAUCUACUCAAUUUCGCGUCUCCUCCUAUAAACUUGUCCUUGUACGCCGACAGCAAACGUUUUAGAGGCUCGCGAACAAAAAGAAACUUGAAAUAUGUCUUAAUGCGUAUUGCUCUUUCUUCUUCGUUGUAUUGGUACAAGCGAUUCCACAAAUCCCACUCGUGGACCUAGAAAAUGCAAGAAACUCAAUAAACACGCAGUAAAUAGAUAAAUAAGUUAAUAGUAAAUAAGUUGCUAAACUUAUCUGAAAGUCCUGCCGUUUCAUACUUUGAUGAGGGUUUCUGAAAUUUGUUUGUGAAAGGGACAACCUCGCAAAUUCAGUGCCUUCCGUUUCCUGAGUUUUCUGUUGAAUGGUUGGCUCGAAAUCUUAGGAAAACCUUCCCAGAAAAUCAUUCAUUCCAGCGUAGACCUCGGUUGUGUGGUACAACCUUUCAUGGGCUGGGUGGGUAAUGAAGAGGUUGAUAUCAAUUGGGACGUUAGUUCUGAUUCAUCCCUUAUCACCGUGUUGAGUCACCGUGGCGAACUCAACAAAGAAAAAAGGAAAAUCCGAAUGGAUUGUGCCCACAAAUUGCUGGCUUCGAGCAGCCACUUGAAGGGGUCGACAUUGGCUUGAAGACAAGUAGACGAGCCAAAUAGAACCAGAAACUCAUAAGGGGUUUUCAACCACUUAUGAGUUUCUGAUAAAACCUAAUGUCGUCGAUAAGACUGAAAAAUUAACGUCCCUUUUUCACGCUUUUCUAAACGGCUUUGGUCAUCUUACCGACUUCUCGUUUUUCACCUUGAUCCCACGCAGUUUUGCCAACACGUUCUUCCAGGUUGUCGUGCUUACUUUGGGAAUUGUACAGUAGAUGAUCUUGUGUUCAUCAUCAACCACAAUGUAGCCUAAACUAUCACGAUUCACUUUAGGUUCCUUCUCGUAUGAAUGCGUAAGACAAUAUUCCUCCACGAUCUUUCUCCUGGCCAUCUGCCUUGCUGUAGCAUCUGCAAUAAACGUGUCAAAAACGUUAUCGGCGCCUUGAAAGAUCGCGCGUACGUUGUAUUAGCUUUGGUUAAGUAUUACUGACUAGCUGCCGUCUGUCAUAAAACAUUCCGGGCUUUUACCUUAGGAUUCCAAAAAGAACCCUCUCCCCAAAAGUCGCGGGUCCUUGAAAAACUAGUUGCUCAAAAAUAAAAGCCGAAAUGUGAUGUAUUUAUUCAUUUAUUUAUCUAUUUUAGUUAGAGGAAUUUUUCCCGGUAACUAGAACGCACGGGUAACCUAUUUCAUUCAACAAAAAGCCUUUAUCAUCACAUUUUCAGGACAGCUUCAUUCAUAACCGACUGAGCCUUUGACAUAGCUAACGCUAUAGUAGCUUGUUUGCAGUUGUGCUUGAGAAUUAGUUGGUAUUGAAUCGCAUUGUGGGACUCUUUUAGGGGACGAAUUUUGACCUAGUUUGCUGCGGAACCUCGUAACAGCCAAUAGAUUGAUUAAGCAUCGCGUUUACGGCAAACGUGAGAUUUUCAAAAUGAGAAAUGAGCAGAUAAAAACAGCGUAAACCAAUUGUUAUGGAUAGAAUUGGCGUGAAUCCACCGAUUUUCGUGUAGUUAUAAUGAACAGUAAUUAUUAGGGACUUAAAGAUUCAACGACCCGACGGCAGCGAGAACAUCUUAAAAACAAUAGGUUUAAUUAGCCAAACAAGGACUUUACACGUGCUUCACGCUUUUUUACAUUUCUUUCCCUGUUUUGCACAACUACGGUGUGAAAAUGCCUAAUUUCGUGUUUUACGGAGAACGUAAACACGCAACGACGAAAUGUUAUUUCGCUUUCUGAACUUGAAUAUGGCCUCUUGGAUUCAAAUGUAGGAGGGUCCGCGUACAAUUGAGAAAGUAAGUAAGUAGGAAUUAUCGCGAUAAAGACUGAAAGAACGCGAAUUCACUUUUAAAGCGACGUUCUCGUUGCUGUCUCGUCGCUGGAUUUUAAAGUCCGUAAUGAAAGAAGCGAUCGCGUCCCCAAACCGCCCCCACAGUGCAAUUCGAUACAACACCGACACAGUUCCACUCGCAGCAAGGUCAUUAGCCUCUGUUUCAAGGCGAAGCUAAGUGCGAAGAUAUUGAUAUGAAAAUUAUUAUAAUUCUCAUGCAAAAAACUCGUUUUAAUAGGGAAAGUUUCGCAGUUAGCCUCGGCGUUUUGAAAGUGAGAGUUUGUUUGUUUGUUUGUUUGUUUCAACUUGGUUACGUUGUUGUUGUUUUUGUUGUUGUUUUUUAUAAGGGUAACUAAUCGUAGGCUGUGUGCAAAUUCAUAAGGAAAUCCUAUGCCUGGAUUUUCUUAAGCCUAAUAAAUUUAAAAUUUUAGUCUUGUUUUCAAUCACCCAUGUUCCCAUGGCAACUAGAAAAUGUUACCAGAAAAGAAUCAAAGCGAUUGACCCGAGGUCGACCUUCGUUUCGCGAACUAUAUUGAAAAAUACUUGGGUUUUUCGAGAGUUUAUAUUCUUUACUUGUUAGAGAUAAACUAGUGAUUUUUUUAUAAGUCUUUUGUGUGUGUGUGUGUGUGUGGCAAUCAACAUGUUUACCUAACAUGGAAUGAAAAUGACUAUUCAUGUUUUCCAAUUAUAUAAUUAUUUUUUUCAUGUGUCAUGAGGAAAUUUUAACACGUUUAAUUAAUCCAAUAUAGUCACAUUAGUAGAUUGAAAUUAUUUAAAUGUCCAGUACUUUCACAUAUUCUUUCAAUUUAUUAUCUCUCUCUUUCUCUCUUUUUUUUUUCAUUCCUCGAUUUUCAGUUCUAAAAGCUGGCAUUAAUACCCGCAUCGCAUUAAAACCCUUAUACUCAAUUUUGUACUGUCGAGUUAACAACAUAGUGUUUCAGAUAGAUUCGACUUACAUGGACUGGUACCACGUAAAACCUCGCUAACCUUCUUUCACCUCCUUUCCGUCUCUUUAGGCCGUUCUAAUUCUUCUUUUUAACCAAUUCGAACUCAAAUCGUUUCGUCUUUUUGUUAACAGAAACGAAGGACGAAACACUUACCUAAGUUGAUUCUUAUUACUUCAGUCGACACUAUCGCGGUCCAAGCUCCAUAAACAAGGAGCAAAGCGAGAGUUGAAAGAACAAAAGCAUACAAAAUAAGUUUGACGUUUCGCCUAACUAACGCUUCAAUUGCCAUUCGUAGUCGCUUUAGUUCCUGCCCUGCUUGUUAUCGGACGAUUUUCUUCUUCAAGUAUUCUUCUUCCUUUCGCGUGGAAGUGUACGGUAUGCUACUCCCCUUCACCAGCUAAAUCAUUGUCUUUUAAGUGAUUAUCUCUUUAAUUGCAUGCAUGCUUAACUUGAAGUAAGGUUUCCAUGUUAAUGUGUAAUGGAGUGCGUUUCAAGUCAACUUUUCAAGCGGUUUUUCUUGGAGAAUUUUUGGCAGGCUGCCGUUUCUUUAAGAUUUCUGUUGCUCAACCUGUCUGUCCUUGACCUGCUACUCGCCGAUGGCCUCCAUGGAAAACCCAGGAAUUAUUGCAAAGUAUUUAUACGUUCAAUCAAAUUCAAUCGGACUGAAUUAAUGCUUUUAAAGCACUUGUCAAAGAUAUUUUUUUACUUUUCGAUCUCAAGUCAUGCAGAAAUUGGUACCAGCGAAAGUAACAAUUACCAGCUCGUCAAAAGGGAUAAACUCAGCAUUGUUCUUGUUUUGUACCUACUACUCUGCAUUUUAUGUAUAUAUUUUUGACACCAGUUUCGGUGUUAUAUUUAUAGUUACAACGAUAGAAUGCUUUACAGACCUACGUGACCCCGACAACGCUGUUAGCAGUCGGAAUUAUACAUUGUAAUUUCAUGGUUUUUUUAACCUACCAUGGCCCCGAGGAAUCCCGAAUUUUAUGAAUAUUUCUUCAUUUUGGGUAUUUCAACCAGACAGGAACGCUGUUUCAAAAACUUCUGAUGUUUCUACUGUAGGUAGCACUUAGUCUUUGGGUCAAGGUAGCUCGCUUUGGCAGCUGUUUUGAUUGGUUAACAUCCUGGUUGUUUACCAUUAUUGGGAAGCUCCAGAAAAUACGAGAUAUGAUUUGAGGCCGGAUGCAAUUCAGUUUUCAACUCUUUGUAGUCUGUUCAGGUCUGAAUUUGGAUAAACAGUCAAACCCUUUAACCCUUUAAGUCCCUAAUAAUAUCCAUACAUUGUCAAGAGAUAAGGAUGUGAUAUAAAAUGAUCACCAAACAGAAAAUGCCUUGAUCUUUUAUUAAAUUCUCUCAACUAAUUCUUGAAGGAAAUGUAUGGAGAUCAGUUUGGAGAAUUUGUACAUAUGUAUAGGUUAAAUUAAGGGCGUAAAACUUAAAGGAUUAAAACAACAUACAACAGACGGGACCAUAAGAAGGUGUCCGUAAAACUUUCAACAGGGUUUCACUGUAAAAAUGUUCAGGAGGCACAUUUGUUUGCUCCUCUGAUAAUUGUUACCCCUUUAAUUUACAUAGUAAUUGAGGGCGGGUAACUAAGACCGUUUGUCCGCCCCCGCGGGUAACUAAGACCGUUUGUCCGCGCUGGAAUUUCCACUGUUGUUCCACUGCUCCACUCAUUGUGCCACUGUUGACCGCCGUCAGCGUAAAAUCUCCAUAGACGACUGGAGAGAGUUAGAAAAGAAACAAACCGAAACGAACGAUGUUGUUUUUACUCUUUUCCAGAUGCCACGAACACUCUCAACAAAAUGGCUGUCUUUCUUUGCACGCACUUUAUCGAUCAAAGAAUAAUAAACCCAGGUAAGUAUUUUGGCUUGUUGACAAUGUUUGCUUCGACUUAUAUUUCGGCAGGUGUAUUUUGCAGAACAUCAUGGCUUGCGGUGGUUAGCUCCAAAUCUAGGCUCCUCUCACCACCGUACACUUCUAUCCAAGCCAUUAAUUUUCUUUUUUCCUUCUUCUUCUCCUUUAUUAGUGUAUUCCUACCAUACUAUAUACAAUGUAAAUAUUUUAUGAAAGUGUGAAUAAAAACUGAAUUGAAUUGAAUUUAAACAGCAGUAAAGUAAGGGUGAGCAUUUAUCAGGACCACUCGAUACAGCUCCUUGUAAAACAGGCAAUUGUAUUAUUUCUUACUUACAGAUUUACGGGAUGUUAUUAUACAAGCUUUGGCUGCGUUUGUUUGUUACCCAGACAGCCUUGCGGCAGUGGAGAGUAUGCCCGAAGCACUGUAAGUUAUAAACUCGUUCCCAAUGUCCUCUCUCUCCGGCGAUGACGGAGCUAAUGCCAGAUAGAGAGAGACCUGGAACGAGUACUAAAAAGUUUGCGACAUGUUAAAGUUUCGGUAUUUGUAAUGGUAACAGGACUGCUAAUGCCGGUCUGAUAGAGAGAGUGAUUAACAAAAUCGGACGACCGCGUGGAACGAGUACUAAAAAUAACUUUUAACAAAAUUUUGUUAUAAUAAGCUAUUUUUUAAAUCAAAGCACAAGAAAUUCGAAAUUUUGUUUUGCUAGCAGUGUUUCGGUGAUGGCGCGGUCCAAAUGCGUACUGUCCUUUUGUUCAGUUGAAAAAAGUUGAUAGCGAUUUUGUCAUAGUUAUGAUUAAACGGGAAAUAGUUUUUAAAAAAAUGAUAUGAAGUGAAGUACCGGUUAUCUGCUUCCUAGUUAUUUUCAAUUUGAGGCAUUUAAUUUUAGGUUGGAAAAAUCUAUUCGUUCACUAAUGGCAGCUUACGACAAACGAUCCUGGGUUCAAACCACUUGGAUUCUGGUGCGAAUCUGGAAGGUAAGUGUCUUUUAAAAAUAAAAACAGUAAUUUAAAAACAAAAAGCAAAACAAAAUUGAAUAAACAAAAAUGAUUUAGGGACACCUUUCCUUCUCCAAGGCAGGCAAGGACAAAUUAUAUAUAAAAAAAAGCAUAGCAAAUUUCAUUCUAUUAAGGGCGGGGAAAAAAACAAACAAAACAAAUAAAUCUUCUGCUUAAACGUUUUGUUUUAAGUACUGCCACUGUAUGAAAUUUAGACUUUCUCAAAGCCCGUUUCUGGUUCGCAUUCGACUUAUGGCAAGUCUUUCAGAAAUUUCAUAUACGGCCUUGAACUACACUCGGCGUGCUGUGUCCGCACUUCUAGAGUAAUGGUUCAAAAGUCUGCCUUCAGUGCAUAUUUAAGCCUUGAAUUUGAACGCGAUGUCGGAUUGGAAUGCGUGGCAUAAGAUUCUUGUUCAGAGAAUCCCGACCAAACGAAAGGGGCCUAGCGAUGAUGAUGAUGAUUAGGAGGAUGAGGAUGACGACGAAGACCACGACGACGACGAAGGCUUC